AACAAAGAUGGCGUCUAUGUAGUUGGUUGCGUAGCGAAUAUUUCUGGUUUUGCGGUACAAAAAGUUGAGUUACUCAUAAAAAAGGGAGUAUGUGUUGAGUAAAUGUUCAAAAUAUUUAUUAUUGCCAUAAUUAUGGAUGAGGAAGAUGGAGAGUUGAGAAAGAAAAGUUGUUGUAACAUUUCCGCGAAUAGUUGUUGACGAGGACAACGACAUGUCAUUUGGCGGGAAAUCAUUUAAACGGGAAGAGUUGCGCCUAAAGCAAGAACUUGAACAGCUGUCUAGACAGUCAAAGCAUGAAUUCGCUGGCUUGAAUACGAUUGAUAAGUCAAAGUUACUUGAAAGCAGCUCGAAAACCGCACUGGCGCAAAGAAGCCAGCCGACAAAACAGGGAGGAUCGCACAGCCGACCCAAGAAAUCUACGAAGAGCAAACGAAGAGAUACAGAAACACGGGAAUCAGAUGGUGAGAUUCCUCCGCCGAGUCCUUCUAUUGAUUUGGCCCCGGAAUUAAGAGCAACGCCAGACUCUGGGCACGCAAAAGCCGUUGAGAAAGGUCACGUUCUUGAAUCUGUUGCUUCUGCGGAGCGGAGGACUUCUGAUUUGAUUUCCAGAUCUACUGGGAUUGCUUCCAUUCGCUCAAAAGUGGAUUUAAAUGUCGUGAUGUAUGGAAAAGGACUUGGUGAUGAAAGUAAUUUAAAUGCAAAAUUUAAGGAAAAGGUAAACUAUCAUUUAGCACAGCUGAGGUGCCAACCUUUUCAGGAGCUGAAUUUAAUGCAGAUAAUGUACCUAAUUUCACAGGAAAAAAGAAAAAGAUUCCCAUUUUUGGAUAUUUUAGGGUAUUUAAAAAAUACCCAUAAAAAUCCCAAAUUUGGCAAAGUGAGACAAGUCCCAACCAGGGAAUUCCCAACCAAGUUCCCUGAUUGGGACGUGUCUCACUCUUCCAAAUUUGGGAUUUUUGUGGGUAUUCUUUAAAUACCCUAAAAUAUCCAAAAAUGGGAAUCCGUUAUUUUUUCCUGAGUAUUGAAGUGUCAAGGUACAUGUACUUUGGAAUAUUGGCUCAUCAUAUGGGUUUUUGUUACAUUGAAAUCAUUGUUAUGAUGAAUAACAACUUUCCCCCAAAAAAGACAAACCUCCCCCAGGGGAUUUCCAAAGAUCCCCCAUGGAGUGGAUCAAUAUUUUCUGUAAUCACACAAUAUUAUAAUAUGUUUGCCUGACUAUAAAGGUCAGAACACUCUAGGUGACAAGUUGCACCAACACGUUGCGGUGACAGAUCACUCCUUGUGUACUGUGUUGGGUGACUAGUUGCAGCAACAAGAUGGGGCGACACAUCACAGUGACAAAUCACUUUGUGUGUACUAAAGAAUUUCUUGUUGCUACAAGAAUUUACCAAAAAUUAAAUCGGACUGAAUUUGUGCGCCUUGUUGUGGUGACAAAAUUCUGUUGCAGAGAGGAAGGUUUUCACAAAAAUUAUCCAGUACACACAAGGAGAUUUGUUGCUGCAACAUGUCACCACGACAUGUGGCUGCAGUUUGUAGGCUAGUGUGUACCGACCUUAAGCCAAGUUAAUUUUUUUCUUAGAAAUCAGUAGUGAAGCCACAUUCAGCCAGGUCAGGGAGUCCUAAGACACCACGAAGAACACCCAAGGGAGAGGAAGUUCAGGCUAAAAAACCAGCAAUAAUUGGCUCUCAGAGUACAGCCGUAGCUGUUCAGCUUGCUCCUCGUCCAGCAAACAAACCACCAAGAGCAAGUUCAAGAGUCUCACAUGCAGAAUCAGCUAAAAGCCGUGCUUCAUCUGUAAAGUAUGUUACCUUUUGUUUUAUAGUUUAUAGUCUUAGGGCAUGAAUAUAUGGUUAAUGUAGGCACCUGCUACAUGUACAAUAACAGUACAUUUAAAUAUCUGCAUUAGUAACCACAUCUUCGCAAAAAUAGAUGUUCGUUCUCUGUAUCAUUGUAUCAUGAUAUCUAAUGGGGGGAUUUUUAUUGCCCAGGCUUUCUUAAAAAAAUUGUAUAUCACCAGGAAAUGUCUAAUGUGUAUUUCUGCUUUUUGUUAAAAAUCUGAAACAGGGAUACUGAAAUCCUCCUGCAAGUCACACCCACUUUACUUGACGAGGGGGAACCUCAACAGGAUGUUGUGGUGCUAAACGCUGCUGAACAAGAUGACAAGGGUAAUGUAACACAGAGGACAGCUAUAGAUCAGGGAUGUGAGGAUGAGAUGAAUAAGCAAGACAGUGAGAAUCUGGGAAACCAGUUAAGUGCAGUUGAUCAGGAAAGUGAUGAAAUUGUCAAAAUAAAUGUGCAAGAAUCAACUACACAAGAACCUAAGGAUGCAGAUGCAGGAAAGGAAGUUGGAGAAGUAACCGAAUCUUCUUUAGCUCUGAAUUCUGAAAAGCUACAUGCAGAUGAUAGGUGCCAGGAGGAUGAGUCUCCAAUAAACAGGAUCCACUCGGAGAUUCUUGAACUAACAAGGAAACUGAGUUUGCCUGAGACAGGUUUGCUCAACCUGAUACGAGCAACUGAGGAAGCUGAGAAUGAAGCUAAAAGGCAAAGUGAGGCAGCAGUUGCUGCUUCUCCAUCCAAAGAAAGCUUGUUGCUUCGUGCAAUGGCUGAACAUGGUAGCACAGAUUUCUCAGUGUAUGGUGCACUGAGAGGGACAUCCCCUCGGGACCCAAAGGCCUUAUCAACGAGUCCUUCAAAGGUGCCAAAGACCCCUGUUGUUCCUAGCAGCACUAAUCUACAGCAUGAAGCAGGAGGGAAGACCUCCAUUGAGAAUGAAAGUUUGAACACAAGCCCUAGGAAAGACAGAGGAGCUACUAUGAACAGUGAGAGUCUUGUCACUGGUGAUGUGGCUUCGCAGAUACAAAGAGCUGAUGACCUGUCUAAAACAGCUGGCAAAGAAACAGAAGCGAAAAGAAGUGAAGUGACAUCAGAUAGAGACUUACUAGGUGUGUUGCAGAUGUCUUUGUUGAUUUUUCAAAUCAUCUGCAAAGAGAAUGAUUCAUGCAUGUACCUCCCUUAUGAUCGGUAUUGGUGUGAUUGCUUAUAGUUGUACAAUAAUAUUUUAGAUGAAAAUGGUAAAUGCGCAGCUUUUGCGGAUUUUUGUGGGAAGUUGCUAACACAAAAGAUCUCGAGAGCUUACAUGUAGCUGAAAUCCCAUACAGCUGUAACUAGAUGGUUGCACAGAGUCGGUGUUUUCCAUUUAGAACAUAAAUGUAAAAGAGUUCAAAGUUUGUUUACAAGUAGUAUACACCAGACAAAAAAAAUGGAUUUGAAAUUCAGGUAAAUCCACGAAAUCCUGCGAAAUUCACAAAAACAUACAAAAUAUGGCAAAAUUGGAUAGAAAUUUAGCCAAAUACAUCUCUGUACAACAUAGUUGAAACUUAUCUCGGCUAUUGGGGCUGAUUACUUGCAGUAAACUUGCAAAUUUAUCUUGAAGCUUUGUCACUGAAAUGAGCAAACAACAUCCCAAAACUACUAGGUGUAGAUUACAUAUUGUGCAAAAACUGUGCUGCACUAGCCAUGUUGUUAAAAGCUUUGCCUUUGGUUCAUUUCUCAAGCAUUGAAAGAACAAAUUAAUGAUUAUCUCUGUUAAAAAUUGUUAAAACUGCUGGUCAAAUCAAUGCAGAACCGAUUGAUUUCUUGGGGAAUUUGCCCAGAAAAUUCCCACAAAAUUGGUGGUUUUUACCGAUUAUCUCACGGCGAAGUUUGCCCUGAAAAGUCCCACGAAAAUCCUGCAAAAUUGGCUGAGUUUUCCACCAAUUUGUCACUGAAAAUCUGGCGAAAUUUCAUUUUUUACAUGGCCUAUCAGAAGCCCUGAACUGUACACUAUUUUCCAAAAUUGUAAAAAACUGAGGAGUAAUCUAGGGUGAAAGAUGGUAAAAGCCACUUUUGUCUCCUUUUUCUUUUCCUGAACUUUGAUACAGUCUUUUAGAUUCAACUCUAGAGAAAUUUGCCAACAUUUGACACAAUGGAAGAGUUGGAAUAAGCGUGAUAAAGUUUGAAGUAGUGCAAAUUCACUAUUUAAGUGACAUUUUUGUAGCCGUUGCAAGCCCUUCUGGGGGAAAGUGGAUGGGAUUGAGGGGAGCACAUAAUAUGUAAAUGGCAAAAAUGUAAUAAUAUGAAUGGAACUUGCCCAAUAUUUAACAAUAAUAUUAUUCCUUGAGCCCGAAUGGGCUCUGAGUCAAUAGUCCAUGAGACGAAGGGCGAUUGGGCUAUUAACUCAGAGGCCAUGAGGGCAAGGGGAAUAAAUGUUUUAGUAAAAUCCAACUAGCUGGUCAAGAAUAUCGCAAAUAAAAAAAGUUUAGCCGGUUAAAGCUAGACUUUAAUCCUUUUUUGCCGCCAAAAGCCCACACUUUUUGCUACUAGGGGGCUAUAACAUAUAGCCUAGUAGUAGCUCAACCAAUCAGAAUGCAGCAUUGAUAAUAGACCACUAGUUGGAUUUUACUAAAAGUAAUACCUGGUGAGUGUUUUUUUAAACAAUCCUUUAAUCAAAUAAAAUAGGUUUUGUACCAGUACUGCCUGUGCUCAACACUAUUGUUCUUGUCACCUUAGGGUUAUAAUUUGUAUGUGAUAUUGUGUUAUUUUUAACAGCAUCUCAGUCUCUGACACUGUUAACAAGACAAGGGCGCGUUAGUCAAAAGGCAAUGACUGAUGAGCAGGCGAGGGAGGUGAGAUUGCAUAAAAUAAACAUAGCUCAUGAAUUUUGAGGUGUUUUUAAAAGUACAUGAAACUUAACUCGUUAUCCUCUUUGGAGUUAAUUUGAAAGUGACAUGUGCAAGCCUUGCAGGUAUAAUUUUCUUCUCUUGGUGACGUCACAACUACAUCAAUAAAAAGCAAUAUUAUUGCUUUUACACUUGUAAUGUGAAAAAGCAUGGGUCACAGUCAACAAGAAACCAGAAGGUGGUUAUGAAUUUUUCUAAGGUUUUAACUGCUUGUCUCUAGUGUCUGUUACUGCCAUCUGAAGUGGUUCCAGAAGACAUCAUCAGUAUCAAGGGACAACAAGUGGAUAUAGGUGCUAAAGAGUACACUGCUCCAGUCAACAGCUCGGAAUUUCUACCUCAGGAGCUAAAACAACAAUGGAUUGAAUUAAAACAGAGCAAAAAGGAUGUGACAUUUUUAGAUUCAUGGGAACUCAUUGAAGCAGGAAAGAAAGACAAGGUACAUGUUGUACUAAAUGUUCCUCUACACCUGGGGGGAGGGGGGGUACUCAACCAAUAUUUGGGUAUAGGUGAACUGCUGAGGGUUUGAAAUCCUUACCCUGUUUAUGACAAAAAAUCUUAAAAUACAUACCCUGUUUUAGGAAAACACCCUCAAUUUUCUUACCCUGUUUUUAUAGGACACAGGACGAAAUGCACAUCGCCCCUCUUUAAAGCCUUUUAUGGGCAAUAAGUAUGAUUGCAAUAGAGCAAAUUCAUGUCAUAGUCAUUGCUUUUGUAUACCUGGAGUACAAUCAAAUUUCAUCUAGCAAAUCAAAUCAAUGCCCUGUUUAUAAUUAAGGCAGACUUGCAUGAAAUAAUAUAAUGUUUAGGACAGGGUGUUAAAAAAUCACACCCUGUCUAGCGGCACAUCCCCAUAUAGCCCAUGUAAGGGAGUACACCCCCAGGGCUCUACACUGUAGAUUUGCACUGCAGUGCCUGCUGCAGUGCGUUGUGAUAUCAAGCGAACUUUUGUUAUAGUGCUCAUUGUAUGUCAAAUUCCUUGGUGGGAAUUCAGUUCUUUUACAUGGUAGCAUUUGUUUGAAAUGCGAUGUAAUUGUUGGAACUGUUUUUUUUUCUCUAGCCCAUCAAGUCUCAUAACAUUCAUCACUUUUGCACUAUGCCCUCCGGAUUGGAACUUCCUCCACACUUGUGUAGGAAAAUGAGAGAUGAACACACUCGCGAUAAGUUUUACAACAUCACAGGGGAGUCAGUGGACAACAACUUUGAGGUCAGUUAAAACAACAUUUUUUUAUUCACUUGAACUAGCCUCUCAGUUAGACCAUUGUCAUCAUUAAUAUCAUCCCCACUCCUCCGCACAUCCACUCUUUACUUACUACUUUACUUAAAGGUUUUGCCAAUUCUGGCAGAGUCACCACAACAGCAUGUGGUGCCAAUUACUGUGGGCCUAUAACAGUCCCUCCCCCUACAUAUAUAUAAGAGAUAAACCACUACACUGUUGAUUAUAUCCCCUACUCUUUAUGAACAGUGUGUGGGUUCUUUAACAUCCCACAAAAUUUAUAUGUGCAAGGGUUGUGAGACGGGGCCCACGGUUUAUCUUUCUUAUCCGAGCAGACUAGAAAGUCUUACCAUUUUGCAGAUAUGUCUUUACAAAGGUAGCACUUUCUUCUCAGUUAUUUAAAGACCCUGGGUUUUGGUUGUGGCCGGGGUUUGAACCAGCGGCCUCCUUUUCAGCAGACCAGUGCUUAUCUAACUGAGCUAACUGGGAGGCGGUUUAAUGCAUGGACCUACUGCAGCAAGUUCUGUACAUUAAAGAGACAGGGAGGCCAGAAUGAUCAUGACGGUAUGGUCUGAUGAGAAAUCUACAACCUUCUGCAGUGUAUGACUGAAAAUCACGCUGUAACAAAUAAUUGCAGAUCUUGAUUCUUGAGUGCAUGUUCAACAUCUACAAUUAAUGCUCUCAAUUGAUUUUGGAGUGGUAAUAUUCUUCCAGUACAACCCCUGUGCUUGGUUUUCUAACAUACAACCCGUUCGGAAGCCGUGCGUUUCACCCGUUUAACGGAAAGCCGUUAGUGUACGUUUUCACGUGAGAGGUCACAAAUCUCCAGAUAAAUAAUUUAGUUUUUAAUACACAGUAGUUGAGCACCUAAUGUCGUACAUAUUGGAGCUAAUAUUAUUUUACUACUCACUAUACUUCAUACAAUAUUGCAUUUAACAGCAGAUUUUGGAUGAUGUAAGUGAAGUUACCAAAUUUGAGGAAGAGGGAACUAAUGAGGAAGACAAGCCAGACAAGGGAAAAACUGAAGAAAGACGCUGGUCAGUUGUGGCACAGAGGAUCCUGCAAGAGGCUUUAGUGGGUGGAGACUCAGACGAGACUCUGACUAGGCUGAAGAAUGCUUCUGAUAAAUUGGUGAGUUACCAAUAAUUAAAAACAAAAAACAACCAGUAGAUUUAAAAAAAAAACACUUUGACUCCACACAAUGUAACAUGCUUUUUAUAUAACAAAUUUAUUAGUCUUGCUUUUGAGUCACCUCUGGGUAAAGGGCAAUGACUUAAUAAUUAUAAUAAUUAUACAGUCAUGUAAUAUAACACUGACAAUUAGUAAUCAAGUGUUUUUACUCUUGAAAAAACUUAGCAAAAUAACAGCAAUGGGACUUUUUGUGAAUGUGCUGAUCUUGUUUGCAUUCCCAUUUGCAAGAUCUUUAAUAAACGUAAUUUGAUAAGGUAAUAACUAACUUGUACAGCUGUAACCAGGUGAAAUAGAUUCACACCUUUUUUUACCUAAAUGAAUUUUACCUUGAUGGUCAAAAAUAUUAUUGUACUGUAUUGUAUUUUAUUGUAUUGUACUAUUCUGACUAGUUUUCAGCAGAAGAAGGAGAAUCUCUGGAUAUAGUUGGUGUGAAAGUGGAACUGAAGGAUGAUACUUCAAGGUAAUAAUAAUAACUACAGUGCACUUUCAAAGCAAAGGUGAGAAAAGCAUACAUGUUAAGUUUGAUGUACUAGGAAAAAUAUAAACCUUUUAAAAAACCAACUACUUAAAGAAUCACAGCUUUCGUGCCUCCAGUCAUGCCUAAAAAGAGGGUGAAGGGACCUUUUUUAUGUUGGUAGCUUGAAAGAGUCAUCACCUGUCUAACUGACCUAUUAAGGGCUGACAAUGCGGUUAUUAAUAUUCCCCUCUUCUCCCAAUCAGUGGUCUUUUUUACUAAAAGCUACAUGGAAUAAUUAUUGUACGAUGAAUCUAACACUUGGUUAUGAAAGACUCAGAAGAAUUGAUUGCAGUUGACAAACUGCUUACUAAAUUUUGUUUUGGCUUAAAAAAAUGUAAGGAUAGCAUCCAGUUUCUCUGUGGCACAGAUUAACCUCAAUUUCAUGUUAAAACCAUGUGAUUUCUUUCAUGUUCUCUUGAUCUGUUCUCUCCAGAACUAUAAAUCACCCAUGUUUGACAUGUGAUAACAUGCAUGAAUUGGAAUCUUGACCACACUUUAUUAAUCUGUGAUUGAUACCUGUACAAAUGUAAUCAUGAUAAGUUGGGCCAUCUAAAAGGGUUGGAGAUUUUGUUCUUUAGGCCCAGCAUGCUUGUCUUGAAACCUGCAAACUUUCCAAACUAAUUUUUCUACAUAAUUAUUUACCUCUUUACUUUUACAUUGUACCUCCUCUCAUGGCUAUUUCAAGAUAGUGAGUAACACUUUUGAAUAUUUGUUAAUGUUAUUAUUGCUCCCCUCACAGACUCUAUUGGACUCCAGCUCCACCCAAAAUGAACCUAGCACCAGCCACCAUAAAAUCGCAGUUGUAUCCUGACUAUCAGGGUGCAUCACUGCUACAGGAGAGUUUAGGGACAGAGCUGAGGACAGUGACAGGGUUAGACAGUGAUGACAAUGAUGAAACAGAAGUUGAUUUGGAUACUGAAGAAAUAAGAGCAAGAAACAGGUGUAGUUCAAUACUUACUAACUAAAGGGGAGCGAGGAUAGUGCAGUGGUGAGAGCCUUCACCUCCCUCCAAUGUGGCCCAGGUUCAAAUCCCAGUGUUGACACAAUAUGUGGGUGAAGUUUGUUGUUGGUUCUCUCCUUUGCCCAACAAUAUUUUUCUCAUGGUACUCUGGUUUUCUCCUCUCCUCAAAAAGCAAAAUUUCCAAAUUCCAGAGGUAACUGACGUGUUACUUUCUCUUUAGAACAUUAAGUCGCACACAUGGAUCUAUGAAUGAUCUUACCAAGCUUAAAGCAGAACUAGAGGGAAUGACACGACCAAAAACAGAUACAGGAGGGUUGCUACAUGUAGAGAGAGAUCAACCAAAUGAGGGUGAAGGUAAGCUUAUGGCAAUGGACUUGUCACAGGAAAUAUGUACCUCUGGCAUCAAGGGUUUCUAGGUGAUAACUACAGAACUAGAGGGAGUUGGUAAGACCAAAAAUAGAUGCAGACGGGGUGGUGCAGGGAGAACAAGCAGAAGAGGGUGAAGGUAAGCUUAUGGCAAUGGACUUGUCACAGGAAAUGUCCAUGUACCCCUGGCAUCAUGAGUUUCCGGUUGUUAACUAUAGAACUAGAGGGAGUGGUAAGACCAAAAAUAGAUACAGACGGGCUGGUGCAGGGGGAACAAGCAGAUGAGGGUGAAGUUAAGAUUACAAUGAUGGACUUAAAUGUCACAGAAAAUGUUCAUGCAUAUGUACUCUGCCAUGAAGGGUUUUUGGGUAUUACCUGUAGCCUACUCAACAUUCCAGGUUCCAUUCUCGUUUUACAUGUCUCUUUCAAAGAGUUUAUGAUGGAAAAAUUACCAUGCACCGUGAAUCAGUUAAUCGGCAGUUUUGGCAUAAAUUAUCGACGAUCCGUCCUGCGCAAAAACAAAAGGAUAAAAUCCCUUUUUGAUAUUUUAUGAUCAGCUGUUCUGUACUACUUCUCCUGCACCACUCCAACAAGAAAUAUUUAGUAACAAGACUGAGAAUUUCAAUACAGAUACUGAGGAGUAAAGUGCAUUUGCCUCUUUUUAUAUUUCGAAGUGCCAAGCCGAUUUGUGUCUGUACUUGACAAGAGGAGGCAGGAGAAUAAACAACAUGAUGAGAAUGUGAUAGAAGGAAAAGACAAUGAAGAAAGCGAAGUCGAUGAGGAACCUGCUGACUUGAAAGAACGGGAAAAAGGGUUGUCUAUCUUCAGGUAAAGUUCUACACAUGAGAAGUACCAUAGGUGUGCCCCAGACAAAUUGGCUUUUGAACCACAGGAACGCCAGCCAGCUUUUUCACUUUACCCAUAUAGAUAUGACUCCAUCAAAAGAUUUCAACACCCAGGGGUACAUGUAUGUUACAUUACUCAAGUUUAAGGUAAAAGCAAUGUCACCUGCUUUCUCAAGGGGCAAACAAGUGAUAAUAGCUGCCAAUGCAAGAAAUUGCGGUCGAGUUUGUUUAUUCUAGUCAACCGAAAAUUAAGAACAAUUUUUCCCUUAAAGGAGAUAAUGGUAAAUUAUGAGUGGAAGUGAUCAUUGUUUCUUUUCUGGAUGCAGCAACGACCUUAGAUGUCCUCACGGCAAGCAAUACUGACGUAAAACUUCGCGAAACUCGAACUGUACUAUAAUCGUCGUCUCAUUUUGAGAGAAUUUAAAAAACUUGACCGCGAUUACUCGUUAUUUUAUCAUUUGCCAAAUUUUAUCAGUGAAUCCCAAAGUGGGCACAAAGAUGGUAGGUAACGUGAAUAACGUCUCUUCAGGGUUUUCAGCAAGAAUUCUAGUAGCAGGAGUAAGGUGUAAUGUUACAGGAGAAUACUUUGAAAAAGGCUCCAUGUCGAAAUAAAAAAAAUAGCCAUAGGCUACCUAACAUUAGCUGGAGAUUUCUGUAUAGUAAACGGAAAAUUCUCUGAUCUUUGAUGGCUAAUAAAUACCCCGCUAUUGGUAUACCUUAGGCUUCGUGCAAACGGACGCAACAACUCCCAACAUUGUGGCGCCAACAAAGUUGGGAGUUGUUACGUGCGUGUUGGCAGUGGUGUGCAAACGGAUGCAACGACUCCCAACAAUGUUGGGACCUGUAGUGCAUCGUGGGAAGGAUACAACCCAUAAGUCUUUGUAAACCAUGCGUAAUGAGCGUGCGUGGCCCCAACAAUUUUGGAAGGGCUGUGCAAACGGAUCCAACAUUGUUGCGCUACACUUCGGCGAUCACGGAACGUAAGAAAUGUUGGGAGUUGUUGGGUGAAAAGUUUGACCAGUUUCAAACUUUGCGCAACAACACGCAACAACAUCCAACAACAUGCAAUAGGGUGUGCAAACGGACGCAACAUGUAACAUCCAACAAUGUCGGGAGUUGUUGGCCAACAAUGUUGCGUCCGUUUGCACUGGGCUUUAUUGGGAGAAACAGUGAGACAAAAAUUUGUGUCUUAUGAAGACCACAAAGGCAUUACAUAAUUAUCUGGCUCAUCUCCUUGUGUAAGGGAGACCUACAUGUAGAAAUCUAGGAGGCUUGUCGAAUCCAUUAAAAGCCUUGAAAAAUAAUAUUAUUACAUAUUAUUGCUGCCGACAUUUUGUCUCAAGAGUUUUGCAAUGCUUUGGGCCCAGUUCCCGUGAUCUUCACAGUCAACGUGUCUGAACUUAUCUGCUUGGUUUAAUUUCAUGGAAUGUUGGCAAUUCAACAUUGCUUUGGAGACGUUAAAUUAAACGACGAGUUGUGUUUAACCAUUUUUGAAUAUUAUUUUCUCCCCAUUUCUCUCAUUUCUUCCUCCUGCUGUAGGACUCGCACCUCCUGCCCUUUCUUCUCCUGCCCCCUAUUCUCCGGGACUGUCCAGCUUCUACCCCCUGUCCUCCCCCACAUAACAAUGGACAGUCCAGAUCACUCAGCUAGUAGUGUGCUGGUCUCAUGUCACAGUUUCUUGAAUGUGAUUUUGUGCAUUUUAAGCUUCGUGCAAACGGACGCAACAAAGUUGGCCAACAACUCCCAACAUUGUUGGAUGUUACAUGCUGCUUCCGUUUGCACACCCCGUUGCAUGUUGUUGGACGAUGCUGCGCAAAGUUUGAAACUGGUCAAACUUUUAGCCCCGUUCAAAUGGACGCAACAUUAUUCACGUAGCUUUAAACUGUGAUAUUGGACUUAUAAAAAUAUGUCACCCUGACACAGUUUUUUGGUAAAUUUUUGCCCCACUGUCUAAAGGUUAUGUAUAACUUUUAUGCACGUUUUUGUGAUUGUGGUCAUAUUUGUCUUGUAGAUCGGUAUCGCACCCUCUCUUAUCAUUUGAUAAGGAGACUCUCACGGUUUCUGCAGAUUAUGAUAUCAGUAUGGAUGAGGUAAUGUAAGCGUAUCGGUAAUACCCCCUUUGACAAUGUAGCAGCUCUCGCCUCAUCAUUUAGCCCGGGUACCCCGUCACCUCUAAAAGAUGCACUAAAUUUCGCCUGACACCUUUAUAAGGCGGGACAGUGGAGCUAGUUCUGAGUGUGCUCAGCUUAGGGAUAAUCGGAUUUCACACAAAAUUUUCUACCACACAACUGCCUAUUGUAGAUGCCAGAAAUCGUCUGCUACCACACGCCAAGUUACAUUAGACUCCAAUGCAAAUUGUGGUUAAUUUGCUCCUUGUCUUUUUUCCCCUCAGUUGAAUUUCCAACGUGAUCAGAUUGCUGCAAUCAAAGAUAAGCAAGUGGGAAAAGAAGAACAGGAAGAUUGCGAACGCCAGGACAAUUCGUUUUCAGGACAUGUGGCAGCGACAUCCCAGGUGCACAGUACUAUUGCAGGUAUGACAGGGCCGACGCAUAAUGAUUGGGUUGACAAACUGUAGGUCUUAACUGUGGUAAGUUUGAAUUAAUAGUCCUGUUAAGUUUCUAAUUUGUCGCGGCCGCUGAAGACUCAUUUAUCCAAGGUAAGCCUCCACCUAAAGUAAAAUAUUCACAAAUUCCGGCGAGAAGGUGCCUGAAUUUGAGUUUAAAACAAUAGACACAAUUUUACACAGGUCUUCUUCUGACUGGAAUUUGCGAUUACUUUUACCUUAGGUCGAGGCUAACCCUGUAUAAAUGAGUCUUCAGUGCUUCUAUUCAGCAGCUGCGACGAAUUCGAAACUGGACUAUUGCCUCACUCACACGUGAAACGUCUCUCUUUUUUGAAUCCACACAAGAUUUUCAAGCACGAACGUAUGAUUAUGAUACUGAUGAGGGUUGGACAGACGCUGGAGAAAGUAUGUCAAUACAAACAGGCACAACAGGAUUGACAAGUUCUAGGUGAGUGUCCUUGAGUUGAAUGGUUCUUUAGCAUAGUGGACCUACAAACCCUGGGGGAAGGGGUACUCAAAAAAGUUUUAUACGGGAAGGUUCCGCCCCGAGGUCCAACCCCUUACCCUUUUUAUAACCCAUUUUUGGCAGAAAAGGUACCCCUUUCAUGUACCUUCUAUUGACAAAUGGUACGUCUUUUACAUUCCUAGUUUAGAACUUGGCACCCCUUUUAGAGUGGUUUUCGUUUGAGUGUCGUAAAACCAAAACCAAAGUAAUUACUCUGGCCAAUCACGUAGGACACAGACAAUACAUUGAACCAAUCAAAACUCGAAGUAAUUACAUGUGGCUGACGCAAAGCGCGGGAAAAUGCAUGCGAGUGCGUCACAAUUGGCUUUGGUUUUACUUCUGAUUGGAUGAAAAGGUGGCGCGAAUCUUUUAAGCCAAUCGCAUCGUGUAGAAAGUGCAAAACCAAUUACUUUUCGACACUCAAAUGAAAACCGCUCUAAUAUCUGUAAAUUCACUGGCUUUCGAAUAUAAAUGAAUCACAAAACCAGAGCGUUUUUUCGACUCUUUUACAGGCAUAAAAUAGAAUUGUUAGCCCUUUUAGGACAUUUUACAGACCGAAAUGAGAGAUUUCCCUACCACUUCUUAUACUUCAACUAUCAUAUACCUCUGCCUAAAGCCUAAAUAAGGUACCCCUUUCGGAAAGAGCCUCUUCGUAUAGGCCAUUAUAGAGAGUAACUCCCUACCACUUCUUAUACUUCAACUAUCAUAUACCUCUGCCUAAAGCCUAAAUAAGGUACCCCUUUCGGAAAGAGCCUCUUCGUAUAGGCCAUUAUAGAGAGUAACUCCCUACCACUUCUUAUACUUCAACUAUCAUAUACCUCUGCCUAAAGCCUAAAUAAGGUACCCCUUUCGGAAAGAGCCUCUUCGUAUAGGCCAUUAUAGAGAGUAACUCCCUACCACUUCUUAUACUUCAACUAUCAUAUACCUCUGCCUAAAGCCUAAAUAAGGUACCCCUUUCGGAAAGAGCCUCUUCGUAUAGGCCAUUAUAGAGAGUAACUCCCUACCACUUCUUAUACUUCAACUAUCAUAUACCUCUGCCUAAAGCCUAAAUAAGGUACCCCUUUCGGAAAGAGCCUCUUCGUAUAGGCCAUUAUAGAGAGUAACUCCCUACCACUUCUUAUACUUCAACUAUCAUAUACCUCUGCCUAAAGCCUAAAUAAGGUACCCCUUUCGGAAAGAGCCUCUUCGUAUAGGCCAUUAUAGAGAGUAACUCCCCCGCAGGCCUACAAAUCUCUAGGAUAAGUCGUAAGACUUUUUCCUUGUGAGAUGAAUAGUUCCUUGAGUUCACAUGUUAGGCUAAAAGCAGUAAGAGAGCCUUUUAGUCCCCAUAGUAAGUAGCAAGUAAGAUUCUUUCCUUGUGAGGUUAGUAAUUCGUUGAACAUUGGCCAAUGAAUCCCUAAGGAAACAACGAGUUACUUACUUUACGUAACUUACAUUUCGGACAUCGAAAAUCUGGUGAUUUUCACUGUGAAGAUAUGUAUAUAUUUUUUAUACUGACCAGUUGUGGAGAUGUGGUGGCCUAGUAGUUUACCUGCUGAACAGGGUAUUGUUUUUCGGGUCUGGAACAGGGUGUCAUUUUGGACUGAACCCACAAUUGCCUUUUCAAAAGCUCUAAUUCCAUGAUGUUCAUUUGAAAAGUGCUUAAUUCUGUAUCAUGCCUAACAAAAUGAAUCAGGGUCAUAAAAUAAGGUGUUUUGUCUUAAACCCGGAAGGGAAAUGAGCUAUUUUUGUCUCAAACGGGUUCAUGGUUUGAAGGCAUCGGUGGCACCUCUGUACCCAAACUUGCCUUGAAUGCCCUCCUGGGCUCCGGUCAUGUGAGCCACAAGCUCUAUGUACCCCUAUUCUUAUUUUUUUACCGAUAUUGACCAAUCAUUAUUGGUUGUUACUCUUAUUGACCUACAUUUAGGAAACCUCAUCACCGGAAAAUGAAGAGAAAAACGAAAAAACAACUGGUACGUACACGGAAACAGUUGCUGUUACAAAAAUUGAGAAUGUCAUGUUUUAUUUCGCUUGUUGAGUUUGUUAUGUUUUGACUUUUUGUAUGUGACAGGAAAGAGAGCAGGAGAUAAGAGAAUUCUUAAACCAACCAGCAAACAAGAUCUCAAGGUUUGAUUUCUUGCUUAGCUUAGUUGAAUUAAUGCUCUAAUGGUCAUGCGAUGGAUGAUGCAGGCUGACAUGGGGGAGUGCUGUGUAUGGCUGUUGGCCAGUCAGCCCUCGUCUGCCAAUGUCCGUACUGUAUAUACCUGAAUAAAGGUUGCUUUGGGCAUUGGGCUUUGCGCACUGGUAAGUUAUUGUUUGCCAUUCACUCAAGCAAAUCAUUGCAGUGAGUUUCGCAUGCCCGAACACUUUGUUGCCAAUGACCAAUUACCAAAGCAACCUUUAACAGAUCAGGCAUAUACUGUAAUGGGUGCAGACCCUGAGAUAAAGGGGUGGGGUGGGGGGCGUCUCAAAAAAAAUUUUCUCGGCCCUUUGGGGGUUGGGGGCGGGCCCCUCCCCUGGAACCUUCGGGCCUCAGUUUGGUCUAAAAAUAAGGGGGGUGGCCCCUCCUCUGGAUCCACCACUGUACUAUAGAACUGUUCUGAGCGCGCUAGUGCUUCUUUAGUGGCUAUCUCUGGUAUCAAUAUUAAAUUCCGUCUCGUAAAACUGUCCGACAGUGUAGUCCAACACAACACCGACUCGGUUUGCAACUCGAAAUAGCCAAUUUUGGGGGGUAAAUUUCGUCCAGAACAGGGACUAGUCAACCAAGCAACUUCAUCUUUUGUUAACUGUACGAUGGAAACUGUACCAAAACAAUUUUGGCCGCCUGUCUUUUUCUUUGGUCCGGAAAUGUGUGAUACUAAGCCAAAACAUCCAGUUAUUGCAAAAGAUGUAACAGCACACCCUAAAAAGAAAGUGUCCCUUAUUCAAGACUCUUUUAAGCUAAAUUCGAAGUUUGUGGUCCUUGCUCGAAUCAACAUUGUCCAAAGAAAUUUGUGUCAAUUGAAUAGUGUUACUGUCUAUUCAGGAGGCGUAUAUUAGUAUGUGUAAUCAACUAGUGACGAGUGAAAUUAGCGAAUAAUUUCACGGGCUCGGGAAAUUAUAAGGAUUUGGACAAAACGCAAGUGAAAUUAUUCCCUAAUAAUUCCCGAGUAUACCAUUCCCUAUUCCCGAGUAUACCAUUUGAUUACCUAUUAAUAUCAUGGGUGACGAAUUACCUUAGCAAUCGAGGAUUUUUGAAUUGUUUAUGUAUCGACUUGGAUCGUAUCGAUCGAUCGUGAACUCCACGUUUAGAGCUGAAAUUUGGCUUAAGUUUUCGGAAUUUUUCGACAACAUACCUCUAGGAAUCCUUCUUGAUGUGCUCUUUCGUGUGUUCAGGUUUCUAAAGCGUCUUUUUAUGCCCUGACAUCUUCAUUCAUGACAUUUUAAAACUUCGUCGCCAUCUUGAAACGGACUACGUGCGGCAGGUUGCCAUGGCAAUUUAGUAAUUUCACAUGUGAAACAAGACGCUGUGUGGGCGUAUAUUUGGGCGUGGUCGUACUACGGGUAUGAUACUUCGAUCAUGCCUUAUUGCAGCUAAAGAACUGUCAUCAUAUCUUACCAGAGAAGACAAAUCCUUUACUCCACUUGUUUGCUGAACCACACAGCUUAUACAGUAUGUCCCAAUCCACAACAAAAAUAGUGUCAUUUCACGACAAUGUUUGAAAAUAUGCACAUCUUCAAUGCAGACAUGCUUGGAGCCAAAUUGCAACAUAGGACAUAAGUGGUUCCAUCCUUAUUCUUCACAAAAAAUUAACGUAGAAAAGAUGAGGUUCAAAGGUGGCAAUAUGUACACCUUUAAGUUCAUAUAUAUCCUCAUUCCUAUGUAGAGUCUAACAAUAUUGUACUAAUUUAUGCAUGGAUGGUAUUUCCAACAAUACACAUGUCCCUUCACUGUGACUGUUAUGAUAUAUAUCUCUAGCAUGAGAAUCAAAUACAUUAUACCCCCCAGCCUCAGUGCUGUAGAUACCAACACCAAUAAUUGCCACCGUUAAAAUGAAUGAGUUGUUGUUCAGUGCCAAGAGUGUUUGAAAUGCUGUAACCUGUGAGUGGCAUAUAAAGUAGUGAUGGAUGUUACAAGUAUAACUGUCACUGUAUUCAAGGUGGAAAAAUUGCUCAAACACUGUAACCAUUCCUGGCAAUUCUGUUAACAUUGACAUAGAUUAUCUUGCAAGCAGUGACAGACAAGAAUAUAAUCGAAUACCAACAAUCAUUAUUUGAGUCAUAUCAUCAACUGAAGUCAUCUUUGUUAUCUUACUGUAAAUUAAAGCGCACGGACUCAUUGCGACACAUCGUUGUCCACCAUUUUCCCCAAAUCCUGUAACAUUUCCUUGACAGUAUGGAGCAUUAAUUACUUUUGUACCAUCUACAUAAACUGAAGGUCCUGGAUUCUUCUCUAUAUCACUACAAAGCUUAAAUUGGCCAAAAUUAACCCGGUGAUUCCAACUGUUUUAAGCACCAUGAAAUGGAUAAUUACAUGUACAGAGGGGCAAUUUCUUACUUAGAAGCCUAUUUGGAUAUCUCAUUCCACCUAAAUCGCCAGUGCUCUGAUGCGGACGACAGAUACACCUUCCCUCGUUUAAGAACUAGUUUUGGAGUUGCCCCUUAAGUAAAACCUCACACUGUUACUGUUACUUCUGUGCCUGUUUAAGUGUAAACCUUUUCUACUUUUAACAUAACAAUGAAUUUCGGACGACAAUGGUGUAUUUUUCCGAAUACUCUUCCAUAUAAAAGGUGUCACUUUCCGUGUUUUCUGUAACAAAAGAUUUUAAUUUGUUCAUGGGUAGUCUGCUGGGGGCAUGACGGUAACCGGUCAUUUUGUUCCAUGGACAGAUCGUUGACAGCGUUCCAAGUCAGAUCGUUCCAAUCAAUAGUCAGAUCGUUCCAUGAAAUAGUCAGUUCGUUCCACAUAUGAAAAGUCAAGUAAAUCUUUCUAAAUUUGUUGAGUGAACUUUAUCGAGAAGAAAAAGGUUUCGUUCAUACCACAAGCUGAUAAAAUGAUAAUCGAUCCAAAGUCGAUUCGAUCCAUCCUAAAAUCGUUUGAAAACAAACAAGAGACGAUUUCAACCAGCCACGGGCUUUAACAUUUAAACCGCUGCUUUGAGAGUUUUGAGCUAGAAUCGAUCGAUAGUUUUGAAAGAUAUAGCACAACAAGUAAAAGCUAUGCCGCUCUGAAGGUACAGUAUUUCGAAGCGCUUGUAACCUAAAUAUUUCUUUGCAGCGGCCGAUUUAUGCAAAUUUUGAAAACAACGCGAGUUUCGAAUUACAAUCUCGAUUUUAUGGUAAUUUAUUAUGCCGAAAAUAUAAUGGACUAACCUGGUUUAAACCAAUGAAAUUGUAAGUUCUGUUAUAAAUAAAUUUCCCACGACGAGAUCUCAAUUCAACUUCUUUUAUUUCCUCCACAACACAAUUUUCCUUCUGUACAACUAGCUCAUUACCUUCUCUUGUCGUCACCUCGCUGCCAUCAAAACACUAACACAAAACUUGCUGAUAAUGCAAAAUCCCGACGCACAGCAUCGUAUGAAAAAUCACAACACGCAAUACAAGAACAAGUACAUUAACCGUCACCCUGCUAAACAAAAUUGAAAUAAUAAAAAGAAUUGUUGCAGUUAUCACAGUAGUUCCAAAGGAAGCCUCAGUCCCUUUUGGUUUCAAUUGUUGACAAUCGUCUCUUCCUUCAUCGGAACAGAUUUUUAUCACAGGCAACUCGCUGUGUUCCGCAAUGCAAAAAUCAAAAUCACUAUUGUCACACUGAUAACCAGCUACACAAAUCUUGCGACUCUCAAACUUGUUCAACAUUCCUCUAUUCAAACUCUUAUCCAUUUUACACGUACACUCCUGAUACUCCGAUUUGUUAUUACGUCUAUGGGGUCCAUGAGUCUUUGAUGUCAUUGAAUGUCUUGAUAAUUUCCUUUGUUUUUCUUUGAGUUUGCGGACCAGCCCAUUCCGAAAACACUCAGUGUUAUUUUUUUAGUGUGGGCUUACCGCGAACAGUGUGUGCAUUUGUAAGUUUAACCCGGGAUAACACGAUUGAACAAUAUAUUAACACGUUCCUCGAAACGCCGCGGCCAAAUGUUAUCCAAACUGCUUCUCACUGUUGCUUCGAAAAAUUUCGGAUCAAACGAUAUCCAAAUCGUCCCUCAUUGGAUUAUCCACUCGGCCUAACAAAAUCGACCAAUCACAAAAAAUGGACAUAAAAUAAAGAAAACAGCAAAUUCAGAUGACCUCUUAGGAAACAUGCAAUUAAAACUGUAUUUCUAUGAUUGGUGCAUUUCGAUCCUCUCGUCAAAAGAAUGACAGACGUCAAUCAUCUUAGCGGACCUCUUAGGGAACGAAAGUUUUCUUCCAUGGGUUCAAAAGGUCAUUGUUUAUGAUUUGUGAUUGGUGGAUUUCGAUCCGUUUUUUGUGUUUCUGUGUUUCAAGGUUUGUUGCUUGUGAUAUUAUUGUGACCAAAACUCGACAUUAAUAUUCCAAAUAUUUUUGAUAGAUUUCAUCCCUGGACUUCAGACUUCCAAAUUUCGAUGAGGCAAAAAUACUGAAGAGUCAGAUUAACCUUUGAGAUCGUAAAAGUGCGAGUAAGUGCCGUGUGCAAGCAGAGCUUUCUUUCCCACCUCUUACCUUGUACAAGAAGUUCGCAUGGCAGACAUUCGCCUCGCUUCGCUUCGCUUGUUUACUUGCCUUGUUUACGUUAGCACGUAUUGCGUGCCUAUUGCACAUUUGCGUCAAAACAAGCCGUUUCCAUUACUUUAUUUGGGCCACGCCCAAAUAAUUACAAAUUAACGCUGAAAUUUCGCGCCAAAAUUAAGGAGUAGUUCGUCACCUAUGAUAUUACAGCUGAAAUUACCAGGAAACUGAACUUCUGAUUUACAUGUACUGUUCCGGGGAAAAAGGGCGUAUGCAACAGUUUUUGCCUCUAAAACCAAAUUGCUUGAUCUAAGUUGACCAAGUGAAGAAUCCCCCGAUAUAAACGGGAUGAUUUGCUUGCUGUCAAAUGACCAUGUGCAACAACACGCACACAGGUGCAAUGAUUUACACUUGUUCCUCACUAUACACUUACAUGUAGCACUUAUUCUUACUGCAAAUGGACUUCGGGAUUUGAACUAUUAGGAUUUUGAAUAUUAAGACAAGUUAAUGAUCUGAUUUUCAAGUUACUUACUAUAUUAGUAGUAGGCUUGCUCUCCAUACACGUUGUUCAAGUGGUCUGUAAGCAAGAUUGUACAUACAUGUUUCUCAUCUUGUGGAGGGUAGUGUACGAGCAGGCUCUCUUAUGCGAGUUUGGGAAAAAUUUUGGCGGCCGAUCUGCCAGCGCCAGGGGAAUAGUGGCGCCUCCGCCGCCAAAGUUUUCCUCGAACUCGCACAACGAAUGACAUGUGAAAGGAAGCUGACGUUACCAGUGUUCAAUUGAAGAAUGAUCCUCGCAGUUGUGAACUUAAUUUAUGCAAUUGCGUAAGAAGCGUGAAAAAAUUCAGGACAUCAACGGUAUUUGAACCCGUGACUUCGCGAUGCCAGUGCGACCGGUCACAUUUCCAGUGGUGUUGCUUUGCAGAUGUGUUUCUUUUGCUGAUAUGAGAAACUUGCGGGAACAAAUGUCUUCCCAGAGGAUGACAAGUGCCAGUGCAAGGUAAGCUUGUAACUCAACUUGGACCUCGAUUCAACCCUUGUCGCCCAUGUUAGGUCUUGUUUAAAUAAUCAUCGCACCAAUAAAUCGUAAUGUAUCCACCGCAAGAUAGAUAUUGUUCUAUCUCUUCAUAAUCGUGGUUCUGAAGGAAUAAAUCAUUAGGGGUGAACUGUGCGUGAGCUGUCUCUUACUUUUCCUUCCAAUACCGCAGUGCAUAGUAGCCUGGAGUUCGAUCCUUUACCCCAAAAAAUCACAUAUAUGCAUCACUAUGCACUAACCCUGAGGGGAUAGUUGUUUUAGGGUUAGGGUUAGAGAGGCAUUGACAACGGGUGUGUUUUCGACUUUCAAAAAGCCUUUGACAGAGUAAAUCACCAACUUCUCUUAAAAUGAAUUGCCCGGGUAUGGCAUCGAAAACCAUAAACUGAGGUGGUUUGAGAACUAUCUUACGAAUCGAUAUCAAUCUGUUGUCUACGGAAGCGUACAGUUUGCAUCUCAGCAGGUAAAGUCUGGCGUACCCCAAGGGUCCAUACUAAUUACUUGUUCCCAUUUUGUUGUGUAUAGGCUUAGCAUCGAUUUUCCUGCUAGUAACUCAAGUGGUCAGAGCUUCUGACUUGUUUUUAUAAGGUUGUGGUUAAAUUCGUAUUGCUAGACAUAAAUGACGGAGCUAAAAAGUAACAUAACAUGUUUUUUACUUUGUUAAAGCGCGUAAUAGUGCUGAAAUUACUACUUUAUGUACGCAUGUGCAUUUCUCUCUUAGGUCCGAGUUAACCAGAGUAAACAGUGAACCAAUAAUCUUUGACCACGAAAGACUCUUUGAAAACGAAUUUACAAGGUAUGUCAAUGAGUAUUCACCUUCAUCUGGCAUUUUACGAACGCUCAAUAGUUCUUGAGUCCAAGGGGACUUUUUGGUUUAUAUCGAUGGACCGUCACACCCAGUUAGUGCAUAGUUCUCGUGUUCCAAUCCAAUCAGGCCCAGAAGGUCCUACUUAAUACUUAGUCGUCUUAUCUUGUAAGAAACGUGUUGUCAAAAAAUCUUGGAAAAUUAGAUGAUGAUACAUAAUUUUGUUGCCGUUGUUGUAAAUACUUGAAGGAAGAAGGAUAAUCGAGUCUGACCAACAUGAAUAAGACAGUCUAUGUUUAAGGGAGAAUAAGAGGUGUUGAAUUUGUAGCCCUGAAUCUUAAGAUUAAGAAUUCUUGAACGCGAAGGACCGUUGAUGUAUCUGUAUUUAUCUUUAGCGAAGACGAGGUAUCUUUUGAUUCAGUGCGUGAGCGUUUUUGGUAUGUUUGGUUUGAUGACGUGUAUCCGCCAACACCAGCAGUUCCAGAAAUCAAAUGUAAGUGACGUGGUACAAUGAAACCCCGUCAGUAAGAACCUGCAUUUUCCCAAGUUAGCUUAAACAGGUUGUUACAUAAAUGGUAAUAAGCACAAAUUUUGGCUAUUUAGGUUCUUAAAUAGGUUCUUAUCUUGUAAAGAAAAAAAGUACAUUGUACAUAAGAGUAUCUAGUGGAAUUCAGAUUAUUCCUCAUAUAAAAUCUGCAUCGUAAAUUAGUGUUGCACUUGGAGUGAUUCGGCACCUAUGUCUCCAAAGAGGAUUCUAAAUGAUAGCCUGUGUACGGACCCCCCCCCCCACCCCUCAGGAAAAAUCGGAGAAGGGGAAGGGGGUCUGUACACAGGCUAUCUGAAUGACGAUUUGUCUUGUUUGCCCCAGCGUACACAAUGUUUUUAUAGAUUUUAGAAAAUGAGAACCUGUUUCAAAUUUUAGGCUAAACAGGUUCUUAUAUAGAAGGGUCUAACUGCCCGGCAAAUUUUACCCUAACAGGUUCUUAAAAACUGAACCAGGUUCUUACUUGCGGGUUUUCACUGUUUUGCAAAAAUCAUGUUAGAAAUAUGUCCUCGGGGACUUGAAGGGUAUUCCUGUGAUCGGAGAUUGAACCAAAAUAUAGUGCGGGAUUUAGGAAACAUCAACGGGAUACGGGUUUGACUGUCACCGGGGAGCGGGAUUCGCCAAAAUUUGGGCACGGUUUCGGUACUGGGAAAGAGAACGAUAUUCGGGAUAGUAAUGACAGAAGUUUAGGUUGCGGGAUUCUCGUGAAAAGAAGCUUUAAUGCGGGAUCAGACCCCCCUUUCGAGACAAUAUUUUUCUCAGUAACUGUGUUUUCCAGUUGGUCAGGAUUUAAUGGAGCCGAAACCAAACGAACGGUUACAACGACAGUUAGAUAUUUGUAGUAGCAACAAUCGUUUACAGUCUGUCUCCUUUUAUUAUCAUGCCAAGGCACAAUAAUAAUGGUUUUGGUUUUAUUAAUGAAGCACGAGAUUGUGAGCACAUUACGAAGCACAAACUUUCCUUCGAUUCUCGUUUGAAAGUGGCCAUGACUGUUUCAGUGUGCGUGUAAGUCUUCUAUAAUUGUAGGUUUAAGACGCGCUAAUAUUUUCAGGUUUUGCUGACCGUGAGAAACGGGUUGAAGACCAAUGUUUACUAGUAUAAGUGUAUUUAAUACAAUGCUGUUUUCAUUUGCAUUUAGUUGACCUUCAAAGCUUAAGCUCACCUGGACCACAGACGCAGAGGUAAGGGCGAAACAGUUGAUUUCCUUGUAAUGAAGUAUUUUGUAAUAGGCCACUUCCUAGUUCCAAAAACCCUCACUUCAAAAGGAGGUCAAGUGCACAACCUUUCUUGUGAAAAUGAGUUUUAUUUGCAUGAGAAUGAAAAACAUUCCAUAUCAAAGGCUGAGCACCUAACCUCCUUUUAAUACAGAGGCCAGAGGGAACUCGGAAAUGGCUUAUUUCCUACUUCGGAAACUCCAGAGAGAAUGGGCACAAGCUUUGGGUGCAAUGAUUUCUGGGAUCGUUUGGGUGGACAAGCGUUAGUUAUGAUUGGUCGAUAGUAUCCAAGGCAACCAUUAACCAAUCAUAAGGAACACUUGUGCACCAGCCAACCUCGUUUCCAGGUUCUCUCUCCUACCCUAUCUCUCACGCCCCGUAGGGACGGGUAGGAGAGAACCCUGGGAGCGAGGUUGGUGCACCAGCAUGCAUAUUCUCCACAGUAUUCUCCAUGCUUUCUAAUUUCACUGAUGAGGAGAAUUCGUUUCAUGGACAAGACCUCUUUCACUUUUUGAUCAUUUCCCUUUUUCUCGUAACCUUCAUGAUUGAUCUAGUAGUGUACUAUGAGAAGAAAUGUAUACUAUACAUUACGGGUAAGAGUCCAGUGGUGCAUACCAUUUACAGGAACCACCCAGGUGAAAAUGUUUUGCAUAAACUAAAACUUUAAAAUUUGACGAGGUGCGAGAACGACCCGCUAAAAAUUAUAUCUACUGAAUCAAGUGAACAGGCUAAAAAGAGUGGAAAAACUGCGUGGCCUCAAAUCACAGCCCAUAUUUUCCGAAGCUUCCCAAACGGAAAGGCGUUGACCAUUUGAUUUUCCAACCGAAAUUUUUUGUUUUCCCAUGUAAAUGGUAACUAUAUACCCCAGGCUGGAGACAAACCACAGCCCAGUUGUUCGAAUGCCAUUUAGUGCUAAUCCUGGGUUAAAUUUGUUCAAAAGCAUUUUCUCGGAUAAUUGUCUCAAUUUUUCUUAGAACAUCCAAUCAUCAAAUUGUGGACAAAAAGAAUAAAACUGAAUUUGUGUCUUAAGCUUUCAUAUCUAAAUUCAAAUUUCGCACUUACCCUGGGUUGUCUUAAGCCAGCUCACGGGGCCCAGAGGAGUUAUUAGUGACCUUGAUUGCAGUUAAGUUGUUUUUUGUAGAAUGGAAUAUGAACGUGACCGACCAAACCAUCAUGCGACCGUGUACCAAACCAGGUAAAAUGUUAUCCAGUGUUCUGGAAAACCGCUGAAGGUGUGACACCACGAAUGAAUAACAGUGACUAUAAUGUCGUAAAGAGAUCUUGUCUCGUUUUCUUCUCGGUACUUCGUUCCUCUUUCCGAGGGCAUCCGGGUGACGUUUGUUUUCCUUUCCACCUAGCAUUGGAUAAUAUUUUAGCAGGUUUGUAACACGAUUGCAUGAUCGUUUAAUCGCUCAAGUUCAUAUUCGUUUCUUCAGUAAACAAAGGCGAUUCGCACCUCAUCUGCAAUCAAGGUCACAAAUAACUCCUCCGCGUCCUCCCGCCCAGGUUUGAACAACCCGACCCUGGGCUAACUGCAGACAGAGCAUUUGAGUAAUCAGUAGUUGGUAACUACCCCUGGAUUAGCUCUAAUCGUCAUUCGAACAACUCGGCCAAGUUGACUGUUUAACUAUUUGACUAGCUGACUUCUUAACCGUAGAUUUGUACCCUGUGCAACUGAGUUGAUAUCACUCCGCCGUGCUGCCUCUGUGCUGCUGGCUACUAGACAGACUUAAAAGUCGAAGCUACACCGUAUAUUAUUAAAUUUCUGCUUCAUCGAUUCGCUCCAAGAGAGGUAAUCCAAGAGAGUCUUUGAUUCUGGACUCCACGCUGAAAAUUCCUGAUUCCAGGUGCUGGAUUUCUGAUUCCUUGCCAGUGGAACUGGGAUUCCGGAUUUCAAUUGUUAGCCGGGAUUCUGGAUUCCUUAAACUGAAUUCUGGAUUCAAAAGCGCAGGAUUCCGGGAUCUGGAUUGCCUUUCAUGUGGCAAAUCGACAGUAGGACUGGAAGAGUUAAACGUUGCGGGCCGUGUUAGAUGAUGUUGUGCUUUUCUUUCUUUCAGCAAGACAACUGAAGUUGUUAUAAACAACGAUAUAUUGGAAGACAUCCAAGUUAUUGAACCUCAGAUAAGAAGUUCAGACCAACAACUAUACGAGGUAAUAAAUCAAGUGUCCAUAUAAACCGCGGUUCCUUUUCGCCUAAAGACACACAGUUUAAAGUAAUGUCCUUCCAUGUAAGGCAAUCUAAUACAAUCUUGGAUUCUGGAUAAUUGGCAUCCGGAUUCCGGAUUUCUUGUGCUGAAUUACGGAUUCCAAAGCCCAGGAUUCCAAAAGCAAAAAUUUCCUUUAUUCGAUAAUCCCGAUUACCUUACAUGGGGCGAGUGGUGACGAACCUUUCAACCUUUGUUGGCCCAGAUGUUGUUCUUCUAAACUCAUGUAGUUAAUCAAUAGUUGCUAUUUGUUGAACGGAUUACAGCCGAUCUCUACUCUCGUUAAACAAUGUUAAACAACGUUGAACAUUUUCAAUGGCCUGUUUCAACAUUCAUCAUGGCUGGACCCACUGCUCAUUAUAAUAUUGACAAGACCCGCCGGUUUUUGUUAAUCAACUACUUCUAGAGGGUACAAAUCGUAAGAAUAAUGCUGCGAGCAGUAAAACAUAACCUGAGAAUUGUGUAAAAGAGUUAGUGCGCUGUUCGCCUGAGGGCUCGCAGCGAUUAAUAGGGAGAUUAAGAUUCACGUUUACGGCAUACGGCAAACGGCAAACGUCAGUUGAAAAUUUCUCAGAAUAGAAAAUAAGCAGAUAAAAACAGUCCAGAACGAUUCUUGUGGACAAAACUGUCAUAAAACUACUUAUUUUUGUGUAGAAGCAAUAAACAGUAAACGAAAAACAAGGGGAAAACUUGGUCACGUGGUACAAAUUCACGUUUGCCGUUUGGCGUAAACGUGAAUCUUAAUCUCUCUAAUAUUGAACCGUUUGUCAUUUGCUUUAUUUGCAAAGUCACGCUGACGGUGUUGAUUUUGGCAUGAACCGACAGGAUCUGUAAAUCUGAUGGUAUUGUCCCUACUACCAUAGCUUACUACUCAUUCAGUUCCAUCUAGAGUUCUCUCUUCCCUUAUCCUACAGGCACUUCAGGAAGAAGCUGAUCGACUUACAGAGUUGAUAGAGACUCCACAAGGGACUGAAUCAGCCGCCAUCUAUUUAUGUCGAAGAGGCGCUGUGUUCCGGAAGGUAUAGCACAACUUAUCGUGGCGAUGUUUCUGGAUCAUCAUGUCCACCCUGUUUUCCCCUGGUUUUUUUUCGUUAUAAUUUAAUUUUUAAGGGGUAUUUAGUUGAGUAAUUACACAGUUACUUUAGUGUUGCAUUGCUGGGCUUUAUAACUGACUGAUAAAUCUCUUAUCACUUACUCAACCAGUCAAGAGUGAGAUUAAGAUCACCCCUGAUUUGCCUCCACUUUCGUUUUUCUUGCGCUUUACGCUGUAGCCUCCCAGUCUGCGUGGGAGACAAAUCGUAACAUUAUGAUCCAGGCCUAUUUUGGAAAGAUUUAUUUAAAGUCAUCGCAGCAUAAUCGUGCUUAUAUCUCCACGCCAAUUUGCGCAGACAGGCUAAUUUUCUGCAGGUGAACAUAUUUCAGUCAUCUUCUUCUUUCUGGACUUGCCAGCCUAUACCAUAAUCUAACAAAUUAAGUUUUUAUGAUGUCAUCACUUCUUGAUUUACACUUUUGACUUAACAUUUAACUACCUGUCGUUCUGGCCCUGGUUGUUCAAACGUUGGAUAGCGCUGUCCACCGGAUAAAUCACUAUCCAGCGGAUAAGUAUUACGGAAAUCAAUUACGCUAUCCGCUGGAUAGUGAUUUAUCCGGUGGACAGCGCUAUCCGACGUUUGAACAACCGGGACCUGAUCGAUACAUUGGAUUACCCGCCCUCUUUUGCCGGUGACCGGUCCAAAGCACUGCUAUUGUUAUCAUGUCACUGAAAACCGACUUUAUGUAUGAGGUAAAAUAGGAGGAUAAAAGUCACGCGAUAAAAAUAUAAGAUGAUAAAAAGAUAUAUUUUUUACCAAGUAAUAGGGCUAGAUAACCAAGAGUCUUUCCAUGGCUCAGUGGCCAGCUCGCUACACCUGACACUAUUUCGGACUAACAUACAACUCCUCUUGUCUUAUUGCUUCAUUUGCCUUUACUUACAGCUUGGACAAUUAAAGAAAGCCUGGGAUGACUUAAACAGGUGUGUCCUUUUUUUAAAAGUUCAUUGUCUUUGACGUCUUAUGAUUAUCUUAGCGAGAUUAGAAUCCAACUGACUCUUUUCCGUUUUGAUCAGGUCAAUCGAGCUUGAACCCAAACUUUUGGAUGCAUACUGGCACAGGCAUUUGCUUCAUCUCUUGCAGGAUAAUAAAAAGGUUCGUGUUAGCCUUCGAUCUCUAAUAAUUUUUCCUUGGUGAUUUCAGUAGUAGUGUACAGUAACUCUUCCAGACCUGUAGUUUCAUUGGCUUCUGUAAGCAGUAGUUUCUUUUGUUUUAGGGCUCGGGGUACUGUUUCCUUUGAAUCAUCUAUUUUUUCAUUCUUCAAUCACAGACCAUGUCUAGAGAGCUAUACUGACUGACUUUCUUGGUCAUUUUUAAAAAGUCCUAAGUUAUUAAAUUGUGGUUGCGAGUGACUAUAUCCCACCAUUUUUAUUUCAGUAAAAAACUGUCUGUGCAGUAGUGAGCUUAAAUAUUAAAGCGUAAUUAAAUCACUCUCAUCCUUCACACAACCUUCACGCUUGUCAUUUCUAUGACGACUAGAGUAUAGAGUGUUUUCACGUGACGUCAUGGCGGCCAUAUUGGUGUCCCAAAACAAUGAUACGGCGGCCAUGUUGGUGUCCUAAACCAGUCCUGUGGGAGUUGAACUCUUUUCUUAUGCAAACAAUUUCUUUUGUUCCAAUAAAUUUGCAUAUAUGCUCGCCACGUGAGUGAAAACACUCUAUAGGCCUCUUUGAGGUUGAGUUUGAGGCCAGAUCGGUGUUGUGUUACAUGGGAAUUUUACAAGGUCGCAAGGAAAACUGGAUCAAAAUUCCUCCCCCAAAAUAGUCCGAUUAUGCAGUUCGAACCAACAUUGACCCAGUCUCAAACACAACCUUAACAUGGCCACUUAGUAUAGGAUCAAUGAUGCUAAAAAACAUUAUAAACUACUGUUCUCGUAGGCCGCUCUGGAUGAUCUGUCCUUUAUAAUUAAGAACAGCAGUACACAGGCACGAGCUUUUCGGUCCAGGUUAGUUGCUCUGAGUGCCGUACACGUACAUACCGUGUGUGACGAAUUUUUGCGGGUUCUAAUGUUUGCGAUUUUUCCAGCGAUCCACAAAAAUAAGUUCCCGCAAAUAAAACUUACCGCAAACAUUUUUCCCGCCAAAAUUUACUCCAGAGUAAAUAUUCUCUAACUUAUAAAUUCGGUACACAAAAAUAGAGUAAGAAAUCGUGUCUGUUCAAUCACAACUUGUCUCUUUCAUUCAGAAACAAAACGGUAUACGAUGACAUACUGGCCCGAGUUGUACAAAAGGUGGAUAGCGCUAUCCGGUGGAUAAAUCUCUAUCCAGUGGAUAGCGCAAUUGGUUUCCCAAAUACUUAUCCGCUGGAUAGUGAUUUAUCCGGUGGAUAGCGCUAUCCAACGUUUGAACAACCGGGGCCUGGUUUAUUGUUUGAAAAUAUGUAUUUUAAUUUUCUAUUGCACGUGUUCAAUAAAAACGAAAAUAUCAUCAAUUCUGGGUACUGGGUACUUGCUGAAAAUCGCAAAAAUUAUUUCCCGCAAGACACAAAAAAUCAAAAAUCCGCAAAAAUUAACUCUCGCAAAAAUUUCGUGCAACAUGGUAGAUCAUUAUAUACCCUGGGUAAUAUCACAUUGCAAUGAAAAAAUUUGAAAUUAUAAAGCACAGAACUAAAGUAGGUUCUUAAAAGAAGAUACUAACGUUACUGUAGUUGUUAUGUUUUUUGGGAGUUCAUUUUUUAAUAAAUAUUUUAGCGUCAAAUAAUGCAUCGGCUUUUCAUGGUUCGUCUUGAGCAACUCUNAAGGUGGAUAGCGCUAUCCGGUGGAUAAAUCUCUAUCCAGUGGAUAGCGCAAUUGGUUUCCCAAAUACUUAUCCGCUGGAUAGUGAUUUAUCCGGUGGAUAGCGCUAUCCAACGUUUGAACAACCGGGGCCUGGUUUAUUGUUUGAAAAUAUGUAUUUUAAUUUUCUAUUGCACGUGUUCAAUAAAAACGAAAAUAUCAUCAAUUCUGGGUACUGGGUACUUGCUGAAAAUCGCAAAAAUUAUUUCCCGCAAGACACAAAAAAUCAAAAAUCCGCAAAAAUUAACUCUCGCAAAAAUUUCGUGCAACAUGGUAGAUCAUUAUAUACCCUGGGUAAUAUCACAUUGCAAUGAAAAAAUUUGAAAUUAUAAAGCACAGAACUAAAGUAGGUUCUUAAAAGAAGAUACUAACGUUACUGUAGUUGUUAUGUUUUUUGGGAGUUCAUUUUUUAAUAAAUAUUUUAGCGUCAAAUAAUGCAUCGGCUUUUCAUGGUUCGUCUUGAGCAACUCUUAAAAGUUAGUUGUUAUCUGUAGUAUCUUACGAAAGGUUACUUGUAUCCAAUAUCUCAGGUUAUCUAUUCACAAAACGUUUAUUAAGUAAAAACAACAACAGUGGCGAGGGUCAGACAACAGAGCGAGGCUUAAAGGCUUAAAGUGCGCCCUUUAGAAACUCUAUUAAAUUAAAUAACUGAUUAUGAACGUUUUUAAAUGCAAAAUGAACCAGUGAUAAUUUGUCUGCCGUUAUAUGUACAGGUUAGGGUAAGCCGAUUAUACACGGUUUAUACAAAAAACUGACGUUAUUGUUCUUCAUUUUAUAUUAUGAGGGUUUUUUCUGGCUGAUUUCUUUAUCUUUGCAAACAUCAGGGCAGAACUUUACCGUCAAGAAAACGAUGCCACAAUGGCUAUAGUUAACUAUUCUCAGGUAAAUCUCUACUCUAAGCCUUUAUGCUUCAUUUUUUACCUAAUUUUUCUCCUUUACUAAGCAAAGUUACUUUGUUUUAGGCGAUCAAGCUGAACCCAAAUGAUGCCGAGACGUAUUACCAGCGAGCGGCCAUGUUUAAAAUGGUAUUUAUUUUUAUCUCAUUAUAGCCUGUUUAACGUAUCCAAUCAACUGUUUCAACUUUUCGCUUUUAAAAGAAAUCAUUACUAUAAAAGCCUGACCACUAAGAUGUAAGCCAGAGAUGCAUAUUGCGUUUCUAGGCUGUUUAACUCUUUCACUCACAAAAAUUGAGUGAUCUACUAUUGUCAGGUGGUUCUAACUCUUAAGGCUGUGGACAAUAUCCUAUGGUGUGCCCAUUGAAAUGAAACUUUUUUGCCAGUACUUUCAAUUGGUGCAUUUUGUUUUUCACAUUUUACAAACUGAAAUCACGUAAUUCUUUAUCACUAACACUUGUUCAUCAAAAUUUCAUUCAAGCGUGGAGACAUGAUUCUUGCACUUGAGGACUACAAGAUUGCAGCACAGCUAAUGCCUUCCAAGACUGAUGCCAUGUUUGAGAUAGGCCUCUUUCGCUUUAACAACGAGUAAGUACUUUCACAAAGUUUGUGUUAAAGGUUUACUUGGUCUAACUUUCCUUACUUUCGAAUCGUUGUGCUCCGUAGUAAAAGGUAAAGGUCUUUAUUUCACGUUGGUCUCUCGUAACAGGACACAUUAGACUGACAAAGCUGAGGCGGACGGUUGGCUGAUUUAACCCUCCCCCCUCUCCAAUCUCCCCCCACCCCCACCUCCACCACUCGCCCCCUUCCCCCCACCCCCCCGCCCUCCCCCUCUCACACUCCCCACGACCCCAUGCCACACACAACACAUCAAACUCAUCCAAUCAUAUUUGCCUUANGUUUUUCACAUUUUACAAACUGAAAUCACGUAAUUCUUUAUCACUAACACUUGUUCAUCAAAAUUUCAUUCAAGCGUGGAGACAUGAUUCUUGCACUUGAGGACUACAAGAUUGCAGCACAGCUAAUGCCUUCCAAGACUGAUGCCAUGUUUGAGAUAGGCCUCUUUCGCUUUAACAACGAGUAAGUUCUUUCACAAAGUUUGUGUUAAAGGUUUACUUGGUCUAACUUUCCUUUCUUUCGAAUCGUUGUGCUCCGUAGUAAAAGGGAAAGGUUUUUUUUUCCCGUUGGUCUCUCGUAAAAGGACACAUUAGACUGACAAAGCUGAGGCGGACGGUUGGCUGAUUUAACCCCCCCCCCUCUCCAAUCUCCCCCCCCCCCCGUCUCGUUCGUUCUUUCUACCUCCAUCGGCGCUCCGUUUUACGGGUACCUAAGGUAAAAGGUUCAAGUUAAACAAAACCAUAUAAUUUGAACGAUUUUCUUUGCUACCCUAUAUGGAAAGGAAAGAGCAAAUAAAAUAAAUCCUCUAGCUACCUAAAGCUACACAAAAAGGACAGAAGUCGAACGAAGGUUUUAGGCAACACCUGGGAAUCAAAACUGGAGCUUCCUGCACAGAUGACUACACACUAAUCGGUGUGUUUUAUUUGUUUUUCCAUGUCCUGCAUAGAGCGUUCUAUGCAGCCUUCGAUUCAAAAUUCUUGCUAGUUGCUUCUGAGAAUUUACACUGAUCAAUAAAGAUCUUACAUGCCAUAUUAUUGUAUAGAAAUCAACCACGUGAGCCUGAAUUUUGUGAUGGCAAAACCGUUCCACUUAGAAAUCUACCGGUGUCUCCGGGGCGUGAGACAGUUCAGGAGUAUUUCAAGAUACAGCAACAGCUUAUUUUCCUGUACACGCACGCUGGAGAUGGUCUUUCUUAAGGUCUUUAUCUUUGUAAUUACUUUACGUACAGGAACUGGACUGCGGCGCUAAGAGACUUCACAACAAUUCUUCAGCAAGACCCAGAAAACUCUUCAGCCUAUACUUACAGAGCAAGAGUCUAUGCUAAGAUGGUAUGUACACAAUACUUUGUUAUCGAAGUUGGAAUUUGUGAUUUCGAAUGUGAUAUGUUUUGUUUCAAAUUGAAUUUUUUGAUUUGUGAAUUGAGAACAAGUCAGGACAGAGGCGAAGUAAACCUUUGACUAAAAGUGACGGAAACUUGACUUAAUUUUUCCUGUUUCUUAAAUUCAAAAGUUGGAAGUCUUGAGUUUGAAUUUUUUAUUUUAACUGAAAACAAAUGAACAGAAGAUUUUCUAAUCCUGCAAUAGAUACUCUCCUUCUACAGGCCGAAUAGGGCGAGGAGCAUUGCGCGAAUCCGGCCCGAACUGGCUGUGAAGGAGACUAUCUGCUCACUGAUGUGCACAAAGUCAGUUUUAAUAAUAGAACAGUGAACUGUUGUUUGAAGGCAUACCAUGACUUUUUUUUGUUUCGUGUAUUCGAAGGUUAUUGAUUUAAAAAGGGCAAAAUGUUAGUUACUGAUUUCCACCCUGGAAAGGAUGUGUUGCCUCGCAGCUAUUAAUCCAGGAGUUAUUAUUGUUGCAGAAUAAUUUUGAGGCUGCUCUAAAAGAUCUUGCCGCUGCUGUUCAUUAUGAUCCCAACAACGCCGUAGCGUUUUAUCACAGAGGCUGUUUACUCAGAAAGUAAGGAUGAUUUCAUUGAUAUUAACUUGUUCCGGGUAAGUGAUUUGGGGAAAAAAGGAACGUGGCAUGCUAGGAAAAAAGUCUUUUGCCGUCAGGGAAUUUUGCAAGGAAAUGUCAAGCAAAAUCUUCGCAAAAUAUUUGGCAAAGUAAGUGAAAAGGUCACGAAUAUUUGUACUGAGGCUGCUACAACGGUUAAGACAUUUUUAUGCAAAUGAACAUACUGGCCAUUUUUAUGCUAGAGACGCUGAAGUCGUCUUUAGAAGCGACUCAGUAGUGAAGUGGGGGGGAGUAGCGAGGUGAGGUUUCUCCGUUGAUAUCAGCUAUCUAUUGUGGUGUAAUCCUUGUAGAAGUUUAAUAAGAAUAUAUUUAUCCUACAAUAAAUUAUUAAAUGUAAGGUAGCCCAGUAAACGCCUACGCGGCGUUUAGUUCAAUAUAAUCAACGGAAAGUAUUUCAGUGACCGAUAUAUAAUACAAGUUCAAAGGCUCUCUCUUUUUAAAACACACGUUAUAGCAGUUAUUAUCCAACCUAUGAAACCCAAACACACAACACAAUCUUUUAGUCCUCAUUGCACCCAUGACAACCUUGACAAACCAGGUAUCCCGUGAUAAGCCAUCACAGCCAUGACUUGUCAUUACACUUAUCUCAGCCAUGUUAAGACAUUUAGAAAUAGGCACUAGAGAAAGGCUGCAGUUACCCUUAGUUUUUUGAAAUGGUAUCCUAACUUCUUUUCGUAGACGUCAAACCUUGUUAUAACAUUUUUUUUUAAGAAUUCAUCCACGAAGAGCUCUACAAGAUCUGAGUGUAUCGCUACUCCUGGAUAAUUCAUUGGAAAAUGUUAAAGCUUUUCUGCAUCGAGGAAUCCUUUACACUGACCUUAAGAGGUAAACGUUUAUUGUUUUUUCAGUACCAUAACAGUACCAUAACAGUAACAUAACAAUAACAUACUUUUGUGCAACCUGUUCCUGAAUGCCUCAUUUCCGUCUAAAGGAUUUGUUUCAUUUGAGCGUUGUCAGUUCUCUUAGUUUAAGAGGGAGAAAAAAGGACUGUUUCAUGUCAGGGUCAAUCUUGCAUCCUAGUAAAGCCAAGGUAAAACAGGAAAAUUGUUUUGAGAAAUUACUGCAAAACGAGUUGAAACUUAGAGCGAUAAAGUGCUUUCACCACCCAAGAAUCAACAAAUGUCUUAAUUUAUCCUAAUUUAUGUUGAUGAGCGACUGAUCGGAGUAGAAUGAUUUGCUUAUAUAUUCUUAACUGAUCAUGUAACUCUUUACGAUGAUUCUUUUUUUUUCGGCUUGUUGUGUUUCAGAUGGGAAGAUGCUGUGCCAGAUUUUGAAGCUGCCCUUCUGCUUGAUUCAGAAUUGGCUAGUGCACAUGUCAACAUUGGCCUAAUAUACAUAAUUAAAUAUGGCAACUAUCACAAGUAAGGAUCGAUUAAAGAAAAAUAACAAAAUGCUAUUACUUCCACUACCACUACCACCACUGUCAUUACCAUAUACCACCCUCAUCACCACAACUACUACUACUACCACCACCACCACUACCAAUAUACCACCCUCAUUACCACUACCACUACCUCUACCACCUACCGCCACCACCACUAAUACUACAACUACCACUACCAACACUACCAAUACCAGUACCACCACCUACGGCCGCAGCCGAGAUGUCUUUGAUAUAUCAUUCCAAAGAUCACGGUCAAUCAUGGCUUUACUGAGGUUAUCUAAAGGAAUACUAGGGUACUUACCAUUUACAUGGGAAAACCGGAAAUUCCGGUCAGAAAAUCAAAUGGUACCAUUCCGUUUGGAACGCUUCGAAAAAUAUUGGCUCUGAUUUAAGGUGAUGCAAUUUUUCUCCCUUUUUAGUCUUCUCAGCAAAUUUGGAUGUACCUUCUAGCCGGUCAUUCUCUCACCAAGUCAAAUUUUUUAGUUCUAUUUUUAAGCACGAGAUUUCCACGCGGGUGGUUUGUUUAAAUGGUAAGCACCCCUAGUUUCGCUGCUCAGCAUAUCUCAGGGAUACGGUGGGGUUUUCUUCUGCAUUUCGGGUAUGGUAGUCUCCACAACAGAAGGUCAGAUGUCAACUCCUGGUGUGACCUUAGACUAUAUCUAGCAAACAAGAUGCUUCUUAAUCGAAGUGUUUCACUUAAGGCAAGAGAGAAGUGAAAUUAUCUCUUCAACUAGCGUGGUAAACUUUCCAUCAAGUCGUUUUAAGUGGGGCUUAACUGGGAACUCGGCAACUCAUAGCUAUUUUUUCAGUAAAGUGAGACCUAAUAAAAGUUCAGUCUUGUCUGGAACAACCGUUAUUUUUGCAUGUUAUCUGUUCAGGGCUGUUCGUCGAUACACUGCAGCAAUCCGUGUGGAUCCGACGUACAUCAGAGCUUACAUAUGCCGUGCAGAGGCUUAUCAUAAACUACAUAUGGUGAGUGCAUAGAUACAUUAGUCGUCAGUUGGAAUGAUAUAGAGUCAUAAAAAGGCCAGAACCCUGCCUUGCCUCUUACCAAUGCCAAUUUUGUUCACACGGCACCGAACGAAUUUUCGACCGGCUGAAAAAUUUUACCAGACACUUCAUUCACAUGGAGCAGUUCAAUAUUUUCCCACUGUUUACACGGAACUGACGAACCAGGUUGAAUAUUAACUUUUGUCAGAGGUUUUACCCGUGUGCCAAUGCGCAAAGCACUGCUUUGGCAAAUCCAAAAUGGCGUCUUCCAGCUGGGGUACCACACAUCCAUGCAACCACGCCUUUAACUACAAACAUUUUGACGGUUAUGGCCUUCACACCGCGCCUGUCAAAUUUUCGACCAUUUGGCCUCGAUUUUGGUGUUAAAAAUUUUGAACGGCCAGGCGUUUAAAUUUUCGUACGGUUAAGGGUGGUUCUGUGUGAACAGAGCACCUAUGCGCACGAAUUUUCCUUAAGUAUAGACCUCUUUCAUAAUGGCGGCCUAUUAGUAGAUUCUUUUAUAUGUGUGAUAAUUAGCCUUUCUGACCUCAAUAGCUUGUGCAAAAUACAAAACAAUUCUUACUUUCAAACGAUGUCAGAAGGCCAAUUGUCAUACAUAUAAAAGAAAUGCAGCCAUUAUGAAAGAGGUCUACAUAAACUGUAACCUUAAACUUAGUCUUUAGUGCAAUAAAGCAUCUGCCUGUCUUUAUUUUUCUUUUCUUUUCUUUAGCAUUCUAUUUUUUUGGAGGGGAGUGGGAGGGGAGAAAUAGAAGUAAAGGCAAGAGAGGACUAAAUUCACCGCUUGUUGCUUUUACUUACAUUGAUUCGUAGGUUCAAGAUGCUAUCCUAGACUACACACGAGUGAUUCACAUGCGUCCAGACAUAUCAGACUACCAUAUGGCACGGGUAGGUUAAGGCGGUCAUCACAUCGAGUUUAAGAAUCGCGUUUACGACAUACAGACAUCGUGAAGUCGCCGUUUAUGGUCUGCCAUAAAAUCUACCAGCUUACUGAAGAGGGAGAAAUUCCAAGAAAAAUUGUUGAUCGCAGCAGUAAAAGCACCACAAGUAAAGGCAGACUUCUUAAUGUUAAUCACGUUGAAAAACCCGUGAAAAACGGAAGGAAAAUUAUAAUAAAGUGGUACGUUUUGGGAUGUUCUUGUAUGACGUACGCUCGAGUCUCAGUCUCUCUGUUCUCGAAUCCAAGCUUGUACUACUGUGAAAGCCCAAUGCCUGUUCAGGCCUGAAAAAGCCAUGUUGCGCCAAGAAUGUUUGCCACUAUGAAAUGCAGGCUGGGUUUAUCUGCGAGCUCGCCAAAACUUCGCUACUGUUGAAUUAAGUUUCAAAAUUAGCUCUUAAGCAGUUCUUUAGACUUGCCUUCUUUAUUUAAGCGGAAGUGACGUCAUGACGCGCCGAUUUUCGUAUUUUCUUUUAGGGCAAACUGUUGCUGGAGCAAAAUAAAUUAGAGCUUGCAAGUUUUCAUGUCAGGUUUGUUUUUUUCUUCAACUUUUCUUUUUUUUGUGCUUGUGAUUAAAAGACGGUAUUCAGAGUUUGUAACAGCAGAUGUUUGUAUUAUUUUGUCCUUUCUCUUACCUUCUAUUACGUGGAAAUAGGUUCUAAAACAUUGUCACCAUAGUUUGUCAUUGCGUGCGACAAGGAGCCCGCAAUCCUAAUCUCCAGGUUGUUAUUACGCAUGCGUCGCAUGCAUGUUGCCAGCAUUCAUUUGGACUUCCACUAAGAAUGAAUGGAAUGUACAGAACGCAAUUUGAUCACGCACGUUUGGACCUUCUGUCACUCGUAAUCUGGUCAUGCGUGUUUUGACUAUCAGUCACGUGAAACUUACGCAAAGCACAGCAAUGGAUCAUAAGCGUUUUGUCCUUCGAUCGUUGUCGCCCGCACUUCUUAUCAUUUGGUUAUUACUAGCAUUAAGAAGAUAGAUUUUAAUUACUGCCUCUUAAUGUUCACCAGUGCUAAGCCCUGUUUGAUUGUUUUCUAAUAGUUGGGCCAUUUUCUUUCACUAGACAAGCCGCUGACCUGAAUAGCGGGCUGGGCGCAUCUGCAACACAACAGGCUGUCGUGCAGAGUUUCUUAAGGAAUUUUGACCAGGUAAGCAGAGAAUAUAAAUAGGAAUCCCCACUUCAAAUGCAAAUCAAAAUAGGGACUCGAACUAGCGGGUGUGGAUACAGUUUUACCUCAGUUGUUCACAGACCUUCUAUUUUACUUUUGAAAUCGUAGGUCGCGCCGUCUAUGAAAAUAUAAUCCGCGGGUAAUUCAUUGACCUCUAUGGCAAGAGGGUGGCUUUUUUAACAGGAGAAAGAUUCACCUCAUAUCACUCACCUAUUCUCUUUGUGCCUUGUGGCACAUGAGGCCUUCACAGAGUCCCUCCACUCCACAUGUCGGUUAGCCGCAACGGUCUUCACUUCCUCCCACGAUUUUCAUCCUGCUUCUGCUUAUUCCUUUUCGACCGUUCGCCUCAAGGUUAGAGGAGAGAGGGUUAUCAGCCCUCAACCCAACCCCCAACCCGGAGGACCAGGGGACCACACUUAAUCUGGUCUCAAUCCUUCGACCUGUUUGGCAUGUGUGGCCCUACCAGGAGUCAAAGACUCUUGGCCGACAUAGCUCUAUUAGACUGCAAAACGGUCCGUAUUUUUGGGUAUUCAAGUACGCGCGAGCAGUCAAACAAAGAGUCUGAACCGAGGCUGAAAACGGAGAGCGAGACUGAGGAGAGAGACUGAAAAAACGGACUGUCCGUUUUGCAUACGUUAUAUUCGUUCGAAUUAUACCCGCUUCUCACAGCCACGGGCAAUUCCCAUUGGCUAAAUUUUGAUGCAAGCUGUCAAGUUGGUGAUUCCAAUAAGUUAGUAAUUCGCGAUGUUCCUAACUGUGAUGAUUUCCUAAAGCUGGAGGCGGUUGAUAAUCACCUGGAUUUACUCGCGCAAGAAUUAUUUGUCCUAAAGUCAGAGGAAAGGGAAGCUUUGGAGUCGCUACUUAGGGGAAAGGGUGUUUUUUGUGUCCUACCAACAGGCCUUGGCCCUUUUCAAUGGCAAUAAUUGUUCAUUGUCCGUUGGCUAGUUCUCUGGUUGGGUGUUUGGUUGGUUCUCUUUAAGUUGCGAAAGCAUCGCAGCACGCUUUCAAACAUCUGUUCUGUGCAGCGAGUAAACUCUUGUGGAGAAAGAUUAAUCUCCUUCGUCGAGAACAACAAAAAGAUCGUUUUUAUAAAGACCGGCCAACUUUGGUAAUCUUUCACCUGUUUAUAGUAGAAACAAGGUUUGUGAAAAAGAACCCAAAUUUAAGAUUAUACUUAAUACGCAUGUCAGAAACCUUGAUAUUCUUGAAUUUCCAAAUUUUGCGGACUGUAAAAAUAGAAAUUUUGCUAUUGUAACGUUAUGAUGAAGCAUACUCUACUAUGAUACAUAAUACACAUGACAGGAACCUUGAUACUAUUGAAUUUCCAAAUUUUGCAGACUGUAAAAUAUAGAAAUUUUGGUAUGUGACGCUUAUCAUGGAGACAAAUUAACUAUAAUAGAAACUCUGGCAUUUUUUUAUUUCCAAAUUUUGCAGACUGUAAAAUAUAGAAUUUUAAUACGUGAAGCUUAUCACGGAGCCAAAUUAACUAUAAUAAAAACUUUGGCAUUUUUUAAUUUCCAAAUUUUGCAGACUGUAAAAUAUAGAAAUUUUAAUAUGUGACGCUUAUCAUGGAGUCAAAUUGACUAUAAUAAAAAACUUUGGCAUUUUAUAAUUUCCAAAUUUUGCAGACUGUAAAAUAUAGAAAUUUUAAUACGUGACGCUUAUCAUGGAGUCAAAUUAACUAUAAUAGAAACGUUUGCAUUGUUUAAUUUCCAAUUUUUGCAGACUGUAAAAUAUAGAAAUUUUAAUACGUGAGGCUUAUCACGGAGCCAAAUUAACUAUAAUAGAAAAUUGGCGUUUUUUAAUUUCCAAAUUUUGCAGACUGUAAAAUAUAGAAAUUUUGAUAUGUGACGCUUAUCAUGGAGCUACAUUAACUAAAAUAGAAACUUUGGCAUUUUUUAAUUUCCAAAUUUUGCAGACUGUAAAAUAUAGAAAUUUUGAUAUGUGACGCUUAUCAUGGAGCUACAUUAACUAACAUAGAAACUUUGGCAUUUUUUAAUUUCCAAAUUUUGCAGACCGUAAAAUAUGGAAAAUUUGCUAUUUGACGCUUGUGAUGAAGCCAAGUUUCCUACUAUACAUUAUACACAUGACAGAAACUUUGAUAGUUUUGCAUUUCCAACUCUUGUUAUGAAGCCAAAUUUACUAUCAUACCUUAUACACAUGAGAGAAACCUUGAUAGUUUUGCAUUUCCAACUCUUGUUAUGAAGCCAAAUUUACUAUCAUACCUUAUACACAUGACAGAAACCUUGAUAGUUUUGCAUUUCCAACUCUUGUUAUGAAGCCAAAUUUACUAUCAUACCUUAUACACAUGACAGAAACCUUGAUAGUUUUGCAUUUCCAACUCUUGUUAUGAAGCCAAAUUUACUAUCAUACCUUAUACACAUGACAGAAACCUUGAUAGUUUUGCAUUUCCAACUCUUGUUAUGAAGCCAAAUUUACUAUCAUACCUUAUACACAUGACAGAAACCUUGAUAGUUUUGCAUUUCCAACUCUUGUUAUGAAGCCAAAUUUACUAUCAUACCUUAUACACAUGACAGAAACCUUGAUAGUUUUGCAUUUCCAACUCUUGUUAUGAAGCCAAAUUUACUAUCAUACCUUAUACACAUGACAGAAACCUUGAUAGUUUUGCAUUUCCAACUCUUGUUAUGAAGCCAAAUUUACUAUCAUACCUUAUACACAUGACAGAAACCUUGAUAGUUUUGCAUUUCCAACUCUUGUUAUGAAGCCAAAUUUACUAUCAUACCUUAUACACAUGACAGAAACCUUGAUAGUUUUGCAUUUCCAACUCUUGUUAUGAAGCCAAAUUUACUAUCAUACCUUAUACACAUGACAGAAACCUUGAUAGUUUUGCAUUUCCAACUCUUGUUAUGAAGCCAAAUUUACUAUCAUACCUUAUACACAUGACAGAAACCUUGAUAGUUUUGCAUUUCCAACUCUUGUUAUGAAGCCAAAUUUACUAUCAUACCUUAUACACAUGACAGAAACCUUGAUAGUUUUGCAUUUCCAACUCUUGUUAUGAAGCCAAAUUUACUAUCAUACAUAAUAUGCAUGACAGAAACCUCGGUAUUUUUAAAUUGUCAAAUUUUGCGGACUGUAAAAUAUAGAAAUUUUAAUAUUUGACUAUUAUGAUGAAGCAAGAAAGAUUACUCGAAUAAAAAAGAAAAACGACUGUAGACCGGCUUUUUUAAUUUACACUCUUCGGGGACAAUUUCCAAAUAUUGUCUUUACUCUUUUAACAUAACAGCUAUUACAAUUUUCAGCGACAUAAAUUACCUAAAACGAUUCAAGUCUCUCUCUGCUUUUAUGAGGUUUGGCAGGGACCUGGGUCAAAAUUUGUCCCCAAGACAGUCCCAUGGUGCAAUUCGAUACAACACCGCCCUAGUCUCCGCACAACCUCAAAAUGGACAGUAAGGCAUCUGCUGAAUAGGAUGCAGAUGAGGAUGUUUUAGUAGAGAACUUUAGAUUCUAGGGCGGGGACCACCACGAGGCCGGGAUUUUCGAAAUACUAAGUAGUGAGUGAGCGUGAACCAGCUUCUUUUGGGCGGGAAAGUGCGGUAUCUGUCGUCAGCUAGUAUGGGUUUUAGCGAGAACUUUCUAGUGACGGAAAAAGUUAUCAAAUGUUAGAGGUUUUCUCAUUUUGCGAUCGGGAGAGGGCUAAACCUCCUUCAAUAAAAAAAAUAACGGUGCUGACUUUGCUGGUGAAAAAAAGUAGUAUGAAGUUUUCCGUAUGCGAAAAAACUUUAAGUUAAAUUUCGUCCUUGUAGUCGUCAAGACCUUUGAACGUAACCUGUUGCAGUCUUGUGAGUCAUUUUUCAUUUCUUAUGAAUUGUGUUAAUUAUAAUUUGCUUGAUUUUCAGGCCAUUGAAGUUCUUGAGCGCGCCACUCGUGUGAGACCCGUAGCGCCUUUGUUCAUUCUCCUGGGUAAAACCAACAUGAAGGCCAAAAGGUUUGAGGACGCCAUCAAGAGCUUUGAUCGAGCCAUCGAAAUCAUGGUUUGUUUGUUUGCAGUCAGGUGUUUUUCCAUAAUAAACGUAGGAUAUGCUUCGUUCCCCUCAUUUGUUAUGAAUUAAAAAUACGAAACAAGAAACUAUGUUACGAGAGCUGUAAGCAUUGUUUCGAGGAUCAUUUCCACAUUUAUAUUGUUGCGUCCAUUAUCAUUGUUUGGCGGAUUGUUCGAAAACACUGCUCAAAUGUUGACCAUUCUUUUAACCCUUUAAGUCCCAAUGGUGUCCAACAUCAAUAUUCUCCUAACACUAUCCAUACAUUGUGAAGAGAUUAGGUUAUGAGAAAAGGUUAUGAGAAUUAAUAAAAUGAUUACUUAAGAGAAAAUACCUUGAUCUUUUACCAAAUUCUCUUAACUCAUUCUUUAAGGAAACGUAUGAAGACCAGUUUGGAGAAUUUGUAUGUGGAUAUUGGGACUUAAAGGGUUAAUAUGUGCUAGCAUCAUUAACCAACUAUGUUUUCGUUUUCUUUUGAAUUUAACUGGCAGACGCCAUGGAACCCUAGAAUGGAAAUGCCAAUGGAGGCCGCAUCUGUUCAUUUCCUGAUUGGCAUGUGUCAUUCGGAGCUUGGGAGACCGCUUGGUGCACUAGAAGCAUUUAACAAUGCCAUACGCGUGAAUCCAGAUUAUGCUGAGGUAAGCAAUUAAGACUAUUUGUUUGAAGGAGAUCAGCUUACGCAUUUUUAGUCAAAGCAAAGCAAAGGCUUUUAAACUACCCAGGUAACCCAGUUUAGGCAAUUUCAGCGCUUACCAGCUAGUCUAAGAAUGACUGAAUGAACAAAUUUAAAAAAAACAACAUGUUAAAAAACCGUAGAUGUUCAAAUCAAAAGAAGUACAAGAAAGCCUUGAGAGGGCAUAGAUGAGCUUUGCGAGCCUGCCCGUUCAAGCCCCGCCACCUCGCCACCACCCACCGCCCCACUUCCAACAGAAAAAUUUGUCACCGCUGUUUUGAUCUUACCAGUUUGUCUCCUUCUCAAGGAUGACGAUUGUAUAUGUUUUGUUGACGUCCUUUGACAACUCUUUCUUAAGCGCAACUAAGCUGUUGGCAUCAGUUCCAAGGGGGUUUGUUUGAAGUUCGUUAAUUCCUUCUACGCUUUUGUAGUAUUCCAUGAUAUUCCUCUCCUUUCCUUCCACAAGGAUGGGCCAGGGAAUGAAGAUCGUGGAAUGAAGCGUAAACUAAGCUUCCAUUCUAGUUUGUAAGAUUCAUGUCGUGAGCCCGUUACUAAUAACUCACCUUUUCAGGCUUUUUAUCAACGUGGACUCGCCAAAAUGAAACUGAAGCAUGCCAAGGGAAUCCAUGAUUUUAAUCGAGCCUUGGCUAUUAAUUCAACAUUAUUUCAGGUAAGUGUAUGGCAACGAGUUUCUAACGUCUGCACUCGGCUUGGUGAGGUGGGGGAAGCAGUCGAACAAAGGAACAGAUCCAAGAUCCAAUUCAAGAGUGCUAAUCUUAAAUAACGCCGAGUGUUGUGGUUUUGCUUAUUUGAGCAGCGAGAGGAAAUGAAUGGAGCCGUAGUGUUUGACUUCCCUCUUUUCUUUUCCUGUCGCGUUAGCAUUUUAGCGGCCUUGUGAUGGACCCUUCUUCUUCUUAUCUCCAUCUUCAUUUCAAACUCUGUCAUAGUUCUGAGACCCUCCUGCCCAUAUGACCCUGGGCUAGAGUCCCGGAUGCGACGCCAUUGACUUGGAUUGAUUAGUUCUCUUCCCUGCUUAGAGCGCUUUUUUUUUCACUCCUCAAAAACCUACACUUUCAAAUUUUAGUUUGAUUUGAGAUAUGAGUGGUUCACAAGCUUCCUUUAGGCUCAUGUUUUCUUCUAUAACAUUAGUUUGACAUGGUCUUGGUAAGAAAUGCAUGCUUACAAAUUAAAAACAGUCAAGUACGUUCAUGUCAAUUUGAGAAUCAACAGUGUUGAGUAGUCAGUAACUUUGUAUGAGCCGAUCCGUCCUCGUAAUACCUUCUGGCCAAUUUGGGCUAAAACGUUUUUAGCAAUACGGUAGCGAGGAUAAAUGACUGAUGACGUCUACAGUGUUUUUCAGUGAGAACUGAACUGUUUCUUCUUUCAAGCAGCUUACUUUACAGUCUUUUAUUAUAGUAUAGCCACAUGAUUGUUCUAGCUGCUGGAUCUGUACUUUAAGUUGCUGUUACACGGAGCGAUUCGCCUCGACGAGUUUUAGUACAACACAGCGCUGCAAUGUUGGAACAGUGUUGUAAUCAUUCGAAACAAUGUUGCAACGCUGUGUUACGCUAAAAAUCGUCGUUGCGAAUCGUCUCGUAUGACAUCACCUUUAGGGACGUCAUCUUGUCCCUUAUUCACGAGAAGAAAACCGGGCCCAGGUAACUUUCGCAAAGAACUCUGGGACUGUUACUAGAGACAGGGAAAAAAUUAGUCAAUCAGCAGCGACACACAUCAACCGGAAGUGAGCCUUUUUCUCUUUUAGUAAGCCUUGACGCUACCAAAUUUGUAUUGCCAAGUGUCUUAAUUCUCUUAUAGAGACGAUUUGCUCAAAAAUUUGUUCAAAAUCAUGGCUCAAGAGUGCAAAACGUCCACUUCCGGUUGACGUGCGUCGCUCAAAAACGUCGCUGCUUAAACUCCUAAUAGGGACUUAAAGUUCCAACGACGCGACAGCGACGAGAACGUCGCUUAAAAAGUGAAUUUGAGUUUUUUCAGUCUUUAUAGCGAUUAUUCCUACCCACUUACUUUGUCGAUUGUAGGCGAACCCUUCUGAAGCUGAAUUUCAAGGGACCAUAUUCAGGCUCAGAAAGAGAAAUAAAGUUUCGUCGUUGCUUGUUUACGUUCUCCUUAAAACGCGAAAUUACUCAUUUUCACGUUUUAGUCGUGCAAAAACGGGAAAGAAAUGUACAAAAAAGUGUGAUGCACGUGUGAAGUUGUUGUUUUGCUGAUUAAACCAAUUGUUUUUUUGACGUUCUCGUUGUCGUCCGCGUUGCUGGAUCUUAAACUCCCUAAUAGCUGACCGGCGAGUCCCCAGUAACGAUCCCAGAAACAAUUGCGGGACGCAUUUCGCCCCCAGCUUCCUUCUAGUUUCUUAAGUGUCGAAUUGCUGGACAACAGUCGAUACUAUUGGAACAAGCUGAGUCAAAAGUGGGCCAUUUAUUACAGGUUAUUUAACAAUUAUUCCACGAGUGCGCGUUGGAUAUAAGAUGGUAGAUAGCCAACAAGCUCGAGUGGAAUAAUUGUUUUAUUAAAAACGCCCGACUUCAUUUAUAAAAACAACCGAUUUUCAGCUUGUUUUUAAUUUUGAGCAGACGCAGAAGUUUUUGGUUAUUAUUCUAAGUCUGUUUAGUGGGCGGAAAAAUAACUGGAGAGUAACCUUGGCUUUUGGUAUUUUCGGACAGGCAUUUUUGAGUCGAGCAGCUUACUAUGGUAUGAAAGGCCGAUACAGCAAAGGUAUAAUGAGCUGUAAUGAAGCUAUCAAGUUGCAGCCACGCAGUGUUAGAGCAUACCUGUACAGGUUUGGUUCUUUUAUCCUGUUCUCUUCUAUUGUAUUCCAUACCCCCUAUCCUAUCUUAUACGACAGGUGUGAAAGGUGCUGUAAGUACACUCUCACUGGCUUAGAUCAAAAGUAGUUUAGCAAAUGUUUACACACACGUGAUUGAGUGUUUUACAAGUUUUUGACCUUUUCUAGGUACUUUUCGUGGAGGGCACUGGCCUUUCAUGUUUUUGCAAAUUUUAAAACAAUUACAUGUGAGUGAUUUAGCAACAGAGCGGGGACUUCAGUUGAUGACGAAAAAGUGUGCAGAAAGGACUGAACCCUUCUUCCAGUUCCCAAUUUUGUGCUCUGCCAUUGGUUAUGCCGGUCUUGAGAUUUGCGCAUGCCGUUGUAACUGUCGUGGCGUUGUCUCUUUGCAUGUUAUCAAUUAUUUGAUUUACUCUGUGCUAGUCCCGCUUCCUCGCCAUCAGCCAAACUACUCUCCCCUAACCGCUAAGGAAGACCUGAUACUCAAACUACCUCGCCUUCAACUCCCAUGUGGCCUCGCAUUGACGAUCUUGCUUAAACAUCCUCGUUAUUUUUUUUUUUUUUUCCAACUUCGUAGGGGCGCACUGAAGUACAACAUCAAAGCGUUUAGUCUUGCAGUCAAAGAUCUCACUGAAGCUGUUGCUAUAGAUUGCAAGUGCUCCCUGGCGUACUUCAACCGCGCUGUAUGCUACCAUGAAAUGAAGUUCUUUCAAAAGGUUUGUGAAACCCACUGAUAGCAAUAUAAUAUAUGACGUCGUGCACAGUCUUAGUAUAUUGUCUGUAUUAAACUUUAGCCUCUUCCAUUCAACUCCUUGGAGCGGGACCUUGUACUCUAGCACCAAGGAACCAAGGGUCAACAUAGAGUAAAUGAUCGCUUUUUUUCUGUUUGGAAAACUAGGCAUUGAUGGAUUAUGGUACUGUAAUGUUACUUGAGGAUAGCCCUAACAUCAAGGUGAGUGUAUAUGAUUUUUCGAAAUUAUUUUCGAUAUUCUCAAUUCUGUUGACGUAUCCCUUUCUCUUUGCUAUCCAGGUCCUUCAGAAUCGUGGAUUACUUUAUUACGAAAUAGAUGACAUCGAAAAUGCCCUGCAAGACUUCCUAGCUGCAUCGAAGGUGCAGGUUUAAUUUCUUUUGUAGUAAGCUAUAUUUCUUUGUCACUACAGCCAGAAUUAUCUUCCAUUCUGAAAUAUAAGUUAGCAUAAGAUGUGUAAAAUAUAUCUCCCCCGCCAUCGAACCCCACAUAGGCAAGACCAAACGGAUUAAUCACUCACUGUACACAUAAUGUCUGGGUCACAAGGGAAACCAUGAGUUAGUUUUGUUUUUCUGCGAGGUGAGGAAAAUGUGUUCAUUCACGAGAGUGGUAACUGGUAGUGUUUUUCCCACCUCAGUCUGUCAUGUCGCUUUCUACCAUGCUUUGAGUCAAAUCACGUGCUGUUGUAUCUGGUAAAAGAUUCAUAACAACCGUCAUGAAUAUAAAGCAAUUCAUAUCCAGUUAAAAACUAUAUAACGUCAGUGUGCAGUUCAAUUAGACUGGUAUAGUUGGGUUAGUUUUGUGUAGUUAGUGUAGUUGACGUAUAGUUCAUAUGGUUUGGUAAAGUUGCUGUAGUUAGUGUAGUUGGUGUGGUUAGUGUAGUUCUGAAGUUGGUGUACUGUAAAUAUUGCUCAUGUUUUGACAAUUUUUGGUGGUUUGUGAGACAAGCUCUUGUUGCUGUCGUCAUUGUUUGAAGCCUCUGAGGUGCCUCUAUUAACAGCUUUGCUAGAAGGCAUUUUUGUUAGCAGAAAUCCGUCUAUAAUGUGCCCUUGAGAUAGGAGCUAGGGCAGAAGAGGUCGCCAACCGUAAGCUUUGUGUCCAGGAUUGCAUGCAGCUGCGAAAAUUGCGAAAACUUGGAAAAUCCGUUUAGUCAGUGAAAAGCAGUGAAGAGUAGGUUGGGAAGGUCGUCCGACUUAAACUGCGAUUUGUGCGUAAACUGCAAAAUUUACGGAAAAUUAGAAAAUUCGCAAAAAUUUGCUGAACCAGUGAAAAUCAGCAGAAAUGGACGAUUUUUCACAAUUUGCGCAAAGUUCGUAAAUUCUGUCACUGGCUUAUGACAAAGAGCUGCGAAAAUCACAAGUAUAGCAAAAAAUUGCGACCUUGUAAACGAGACAGAGAACAGCGGUAAAUCGCAAUUAACACGAAAAUUUGUGAACCUUACAAAAAACCGCAAAUUUUACAAUGAACGCGCGAAAAAUUUCCAAUCUUGCAGUUUUUUUCUGCGUUGUUUUCUGCGUGUGAGAAAAAUUUCAAAUUUUUCCACUGCGUGCAAACCUUCAACCAAAGCUCUAUCGGCCAUUUUGUGUUUGAGCGUGAGGCGGGUUCCCUGUUCUGUCGAAUUGCCCUCUGGGACUGUUUUGGUGUUGUUAUCGUUUCUUUCAUUGGCUAAUAGAGGUUGCGCAGGAAAUUGGGUCAAAAUUACUCCCCUAAAACAGUUCGGCAGUUCGAGUUGCUUAACACCCAAGGCUGUGCUCUAAGGAAAAUUGAAGGGAACCCAGUGCUCUGAAACUGUAAAAUCUAGGGUGCCCAGCAUAUGAUUUGUAUGAAAAAUCUGAGAUUUUCUAGUCGCCCGCGGGCAAAAGUUAGGCGCCAGGGGCCACCGGACUCUGCUAGAGCACACCCCUGACACCAACCCAAGUUUAAGACGGAGAUUCAAUAUUAAUAGUUCUUUGCUCGCUUUUAAGGUCUCACCGAAUGAUCCUCACAUUCGCCACACCUUGGGUCUCUGUUAUCACAGGUAACUCUCACGUUAUUUGAACUAGCCGAUUCAAUUCUCCCUUCGUGUAAUUUGUUUUCAAAACCCAGAAUGUAUGCAGCUGAUACUACCCUUACCACAUCUGCAGAAGACCCAUGUGUCCUUGAACAUAAAAUGAAUUAUGAUAUGAAUUUAAUCCAGUCAUGGCUGUCAGCAAACAAAUUAACUUUAAAUGUUAAGAAGACUAAAUACAUGCUUAUAGGGAGCCGAUUUAAGUUAUCCCAAAUAAAUAGUGACUUCACAGUCCAAGUCAAUAAUACACCCUUAGAAAGAGUAAUUAAACAUAAAUCCCUUGGAGUUCAAAUUGAUGAAUCUUUGAACUGGCGCCCACACAUUCAUACCAUUUCAAAGAAAAUAUCCGCUGGUAUUGCUAUCUUAAGGCGUGUAAGUCAUUUUAUACCAUUUGAUACUAGAGUGAACAUGUACAAUGCACUGGUAAUGCCAUAUUUUAAUUACUGUGGUGCCGUUUGGGGUAAUAUCAAUAAGGGACUAGCAGACAAACUUCAAAAGCUGCAGAAUAGGGCUGCUAGAAUUCUCACCUUUUCUAACUAUGACGUUCGCUCAAGUGUUUUGUUGGAUGAGCUUGGCUGGGAAAGGCUAGAAUAUGCAAGACUUAAACAGUUGGCUGUGACAAUGUAUAAAAUCCAUAAUAAUCUUUCCCCAUCGUAUCUGAGGCGGAUCUUUACCAACACCUCAAAUGUACAUUCACACAAUCUUAGAAAUUCUGAGUUAAAUUAUUAUGUCCCCAGACCCAAAACUGAGUCUGCAAAAAGGAGCCUACACUACAGAGGAUCUGUUCUGUGGAACAAGAUUCCCUCAGAGAUUAGAAAACUGCCUAGUUUAAAUGUUUUUAAAACUUCAAUUCAUGGGAAAGAUUUUUCUAAUACACCAUGACCCAUUGUAACUCUUAUUAUCCAUAAUGUAAGUUUUUGUAUUUUUAACAUUAUAGUCAAUAGUUCCUUAGUCUUUUAGUCUUAGUAUUUUAGUCUAGUUUUAAACACGAUUCCUAGGAAGACCAUGUAAAAUGAUACGAUUUCGUGUAUAAAUAAAGAUUGAUGAUGAUGAUGAUGAAUUAAGCUUGCUUUGGCCAUUGAGCGUUUGGGCAUUAAGAACUCACUGCAAUGAUUUACUUGAGUGACCACCAAACAAUAGCUUUGCGGUACGCAAUUCCCAAUGCCUAAAGCAACCUUUAUCGAAUCAGCUGUAUCUUUCAAUUGAAUGUAGAAAACGAUUUUGCAAAUGCUUGUUCUGUGAUAGACAGAAAAAAUGGCAGGCCACUUAAAGCGAUAAAAUUGGGUAAGCUAUUUUAGUAAAGUCCAACUAGUGGUCUAUCAUCAAUGCUGCGUUCUGAUUGGAUGAGCUACUACUAGGCUAAUAAUGUUAUAGCCCACUAGUAGCGAAAAGCGCCGGCUUUGAAAACCAAAGCAAAGGCGGCUGAAUCGCGUUUUGAUAGCUAAAGUUGUUUUGUCUCGAUAUUUUUUACCAACUAGUUGUAUUUUUCUAAAACAAUUAUUCCUCUCGCCCUCAUGGCCUCUGAGUCAAUAGCCCAUGAGGCCCUCGGCCUCAUGGGCUUUUGACUCAGAGCCCAUUCGGGCUCGAGGAUACAUACUGUGCUUGAUACAUACUAGUUAACAUUGCGCCUUUAACUCGACUGAAAUUUGAAAAGUUCCUUAAGAACACGUUCCUCACUGUACAUCGUCUUUGAUUCCUUUCCUUACUCAUUUUAGGUUGAACCGUUUAGAAGAAGCUGUCUCAUCGUAUAACGAUGCUCUUCGCAUUGAUCCUUUCUUUGUUGAGGCUUACAAUGGGCGCGGCAAUGCUUUGAUGGACUUUGGACAUGAAGAUGGCACCGUUCUAGGAAGGUUAGACUUCCCUCUAGUCUCCUUUGGGCCCAUUUUUGGGAUGUCACGCAACGCCCCUCCCAAAGUGAACAUUAACCACAAAGGACCGCAAACGAACGUACCGCAGGACGUAAGCUGUACAGGAAAUUUGAGUAGCAGAAAUUUCUGACAAAUCUCUGUAAGAAUUUUUUGCCUGGGAUUCAACUGCUGUCCGUAUUAUCGGGGUGUCCGGAAGGCGAGAGUUGACUGUAUAUGCUUUCCACUGUCUCACGAUGUCGUCUUUUCCUUCCUAAAAUCUGUUCUGCUUAUCUUGUAGGCGUGAUUAUCUCAAGGCUCUUCACAUGGAUCCUCUCUGUUUAUCUGCGCGGGUAAACCUUGGCUACAAUCUACAGGUAAUCUGUUUGUUUUCAACCACUAACUUUCUGACCAACUCACUUUCAGACCAAGCGCGUUUUAGUUAUGGGGCUCUCAAGUAAAUGUCAAAACACUUUUGAGACUUCUUUGUUUUUUAAUUAUUACCAAAAAAACUCUCCCACCACUUCUCAGCCUGUGUAACUUGCGAGCAUGCUAACUUGGGCGAGUUGAGGAAAAAAAUUUUGCCUGCGGAGCCGCCAACUUUUCCCCCCCCGAAAUCGCAAAAGAGAGCCUACUCCCAGACUACAACCAGGGCGGUGUGAGGGCCAAACUAGACUCGCUUGGCGUUGACGAUACACAUUUGCUCUGAAUUCCGAUUGGCCAAAUUUAUUGUCUACGUUUUAUGAUUGGCUAGACAAGCAACUAAAAACUGCUCUUUGAGAUGGUUGGUUUUAUUUGCUCCUUCACUUGUUAACUGUCUUUACAGGUGGAAGGAAAAUUCCAGGCAGCCUGGAACCAGUUUUCCUCAGCUGUUACCAUUGAUUCAGGUCAGUUUAAAAGAGACUCAGGUAAACUCUCUUGUAAGCGACCACUCAUUAUGAUCCAAAUGUCUGAUUGUUAUCGCGACUGUGACAAAAUUAUUGAAUCUAAUGGGCUAUUAGCUUGAAGAGCAACAAGACCACAGUGUAAUAGGCCAUUUCCGAGUACUAAAAACUCUCACUUUCGAAACGAGAGCAAGUGCAAAACCUAUCUUGUGAAAAUUAAGCAUGAGAAUAAAAAAUCAUUUUCCUAUAAAUAACAUCGCAUUUAGCCUCGCUUGGAAACGAAGUCACGGGGCAACUCGGAAAAGGCCUAUUGGCCAUUACAUAAACGUCAUCGCAUGCUCUGUCGAUUGCCAUUUUGAGCCGGUUGCGCGUUAGACUGGUUCGUGUUGUGUGGAAUUGCACCAUGGGACUGUUUGGGGGACGCUAUUGCUUCCUUUAUGGGUGAUUACGAAGUUUCGCAGGAAAGUGGGUCAAAAUUUGCCCCCUUAAGGUGACUCGACCCAAAUUUGAAGGAAAAAAAACUACGAAUUUUUAAGAAAAUGCUUUCUUCGUGAGAAGGACUCUUAAACGCUGACAAACGUCAACAAAUAGCGAAAACAAUAAUUUCUAUAUGUUUGCUUUGCUCGAAAUCGCGCGCAUUUACAAGGCCCUAAAGCGUUUUGCUGACUUGCAAAGACCCAUCUGUUAUAACGAUGCCCAAAAUGGAGGGAUGUAUCUCAUAGUUUAUUAGACAUAAUCGUGUAAAGUUUGCUUAUCAUUUUCGCAUAAAUUAUAACCUUAAUUUGGAAACCGCUGAAUUUCUGGAAUUGGGUCUUUGCGAUUUUGGUGAAACUCUGUUCAGCGCAAGGCACUAAUGCGCACUAUGUAUAGCCGAGAGAUUUUCACGAAAAAAUGCCGGCAACAGCAGAUUUUCGACUCAGACCUCAAAGGGGCGUGGCAUUAUAACCACGUGGCAUUUACUCCGAUCGCCAAAAAUUUUAUGUUAUAUUGUAGAUUGAUCUAUAUGUUAUCCAUUCUAUGUGUUAGACUUACGAUAAAAUUAAAGGUGGGGAUACCAGAGAGCUUCAAAGUAGGAUGGUACCCCCCCAAAAAACUGGGUCGAGUCACCUUAAACAGUCCCAUAGUACAAUUCGAACUCAUUAUCGACCCAGUCACCAGCGCAACCUUAAAGUGUCGUCUUCUUACACUCGCCUUCUUUCACUCAAAAGACAGCCACAAAUGAAAAGUAAUUUCUCUUUGGUAAAGCCUCUGUCAGUUCCAUUUUAGGGAGACUCGGUGGGGUAAUAGUUAGUGCUAUGGACUCUCAAUCGAGAUUUCCAGGUUCAGUUCUGUCCAGAGUCAUUGUGUUGUGUUCUUUAAACUCACUGGCCUCUGUUUUUCCAGAGCGGGUUGUUCAAAGCCUCGUUAAGAUAACCCACGGUUAGUAAGAAACUUGAAUUCAGAUAUAAAAGCGUAAAAAGCAAAUUUAAUUUACCGGAAAUUCGUUUUGUGUACAAUUUGCUGAUUGGAUGCUCUAAACGGAACAGAGCAAAUUAUCAGUAGUUUCUUGGUGUUGCGGACGGUUGCGAUCACUUCGUGCUACAGAAACCGGGUUUAGCUCUGGCCUAAUAGGCCGCUUGCUUCAUACCGAGACUUUACCUAAUCUUACUUACCUGUUCAACUCUUGAUAUUCGUCUACUAGCAGUCUCUCGGGAUUGUCACGUUGGCGAGCAUGUUACGAGCGAGUGAACGAGGCAAACGGAGUAGGUUCCCGCCUCUUUCCAGUCUCCCUCUCGGCUCGUCACUCUGUCCACGGUCUUGCCAAGCCCGGCUCGACUGGUUGAAAAGGAAGUACUCGUAGACAAGAAAUCAUAAUAGCUCCUGUUAUGAUAUCUUGUCGUAGACUAACGUGUUUUGUUGUUUUUUUUUUUUUGUGGUGUUUACUUUUAACUAGCCCAGGAGGUGGCGCGAGAUUUGUCAGCUAGUGCCAAAGCCCAAUAAAACCAAAGUAUUCGCUAAAUGUCGACGCUCCAUUUUUUUCUCUGUAGCGUGUCAGUCAGCUCUAGAGGGACGAGCUGUUGUGAACUUACAGAUGGGGAACACUUUUGGUGCCUUUGUUGAUAUGAACGAGGCUAUAAAGGUAGGUGUGCGUUUAUUUCAUUUGACUUGAUUGGGAGAUAUUUCACUUGCUUAGCUCUUGAAAAUUCUGAUUAUCGAUACACAGAUAUCUACCUUGACUUUUUUUUCAUUUAAAAAGUAUAAAAGCAAGUCGCUUGAGAUGCUUUUGCGCUUGAUUGAUAAAAAAAAUUCUAAUUGCCUUUUAAGCGUUAUUAGUUAUUAUAAAAUGAGUUACUUUUGAAAGCGAUUCACUUGUUUGUUGUCUUCUUUUUUUCUGUAGAUUUCAAAGACUGCUGAGUUGUUGACUAAUCGUGGAGUUGUACAACAGGUAAGAUGUGUCAUAUUAAAAAAUAAGAUAAUCAGUUUUCAACUCUUCUCUCUUUGCCUCUUCGCGCUCUGUGGCGCAUGUAUAGCUGAUUCAAAUAGGUUGCUUUGGCCAUUGGGCACUGGGCAAAUGUACGUUUGAUUUCUUGAUUUGUAUAUUUUCUAGAUUACUUUAACUUUUGUCAGUAGCAUCCCUAAUAUUGUACAUAGCUACAGCUUUUUAUUAAUAUUAUUAUUACUUUUAUUAUUUUUAAUAUUAAUGUAUAUUUUACAGAUGAAGAGCCACCUUUCAGUGGGAAUGCUGUAAUAAAGUGAACUCAUUAUUAUUAUUUUUUUUUUUUUAUUGUGUGACCACCAAACAAUAGCUUACCAGUGCGCAAAUGCCUGACUUCCAAAGCGACCUUUAUUAAAUCAGCUAUAUAAGGCCUCCACACUUCUCUGCCAACUUUCCCUGCUACCGUAAUAAGUGUGUGUGGUUUUAGUAAUGAUUCUUAUUUACGGGGAUGGGACGUUGAAUUGAACCAUCGCCCAACCCCCAACUUGGAGGACCAGGCGUUGCAAUUAGUCUGAAAUUUCACCCAAAACCUACCCAGCACGGUUGAACUCACCAGGAACCCGCUUCCAACUGGUAAAGCUUUCAGGAUCACCAAGGCACUCAAAUGUCCCUACCAAGUUAAGGCGAAACGCUUAGGGAGAGUGGGGGAGGGGGUGGCAAAUUGACUUUUGCAAUUCUUGAAUACGUUUUAAUUCAGUCGCAACUCUCGCAAGCUGACCACCCGAAAAAAAAAAAAGAAAAACUGUCCGUUACUGAAGCCUAUAAUGGAACAGAAAAUUAACUCUGUUGUGAAAAAUCAAGGGCAACAAAUACCUCGUUAACCCCACUGUGCGUUAGCCCUAGUAAAGGGAAGUAACAGACAACAUGAAGCAUAGGAAAAAUCCUGUCACCUCGGUGGGAUUCACAAGGCGAGAGUUGACAUUACGGAAAGCGUGCUAUUGCCCAUUCAAGAAACCAUAAGGGAAAUAGGUACAAGCUUUCGGUGCAACGAUUUCUUGUAUCGUUCGGGUGGACAAGCGUUUCUUGUGAUUGGUUAAUGGUUGCCUUUUAUACUAUCGACCAAUAAUAAAUAACGCUUGCCCACCACAACGGUCCCAGAAAUCACUACGCGCAAAGCUUGUACCCAUUCUUCCUAAAGUUUCCGAAGUGGGGAAUAGUGCAGUAAGCAAAAGCAAGGCAGAUGUGAAGGGAAAUUUAGCAGUUGCCAAGAGUAACUUUUUUUCUAGGCAACUUUUUUGUUCAGUGUGUGCAGGAUGUUGCACUUGGUCUGCUCCUCACACUUGCUGUUUCUUUGUUUGUAUGUCCAGUUCAUGGGUAAUUUCGUGAAUGCCAUCCGGGACUAUCAAGCGGCAGUGAAGACGGAUCCGUCAUAUGCAUUGGCUUACUACAAUGCUGCUAACGUCUACUUCAGGCAAAGACAGUUCCAGCAGGUCAGUUUAAUAGUGGUCAGCAUCCAUUUUCUCCUCUUAAUGUCACAGCUCUUAUUCAAACAUUAAGGUGACGAGAAGAAAGGAAAUGAUCCUAAGAGGUGAAAUCACUUAAUGAUAGAUGGAAUGAAAUGUGUUGAGAGAAGCACUAAGAAAAAAACUCUGAGUUCCUGAUGGGAGUUGAACCUACGACCCUCCAGACAUUAGUCGCGAUCGGAUGCUCUAAACCACUAAACUACUGAGACGUUUAGUGAUAAGCAAGCCAUUGGUAGCCUGACAUAACGACCACAUCUAGCCUGUUCCAGGCGUUUAGAUAGUAGAGCGCGGCGUUCAGAUGAUGGGGAGCGGGUUAAAUCGUUCGCGGGUUAUCUUGACGAAAACGUUUAUUUUUUGUAAGAUUGGCUGAAGUGACGAACGAGAAGUUUGACAAAAAUUUGACGAAGGACUAUUUUCUUAACCUCCUGGGUUCAACGCAUUACGCCACUUGCACAUCUUCCAUAAUGCACCUUAUUUGCCCUUCAAAAUUUUGCAGAAACAUUGUUUUCAGUUUCUCUUGGAACAGCUGUAAUACCCAGUAAAAUUUGGAGGUGGGGGAGGGGGUGGGGGCAAAGAAGGUGCAUCAUGGGAGAUGUACAAGUGGCGUAUAAACGUUUUACAGUAAUGUGUCCCGCAAUCGUUUCUGGGAUCGUUACUCUGGACACCCCGGUCAGCUUUUGGCCAAUUUUUCCCUGUCCCUAUUAACCGUUCCAGAAGUCUUUGCGAAAGUUAAGUUGGCGCAGUUGCCCUCUCGUUUCUAAGGUGACGAAUUUAUCAUUGUAACCAUUACUUUCGAACUACAUCUCUCCAGUAAUUUUACUCAGAUGUAGGAAAAGCAGUGCAGAUAGAGGAGGGUGCAGAGUGUUGUAUCACAAAUUAGGGAGCUUAAGCAACCACGAGGACGACGGUAGUCAAAACGUCGCUAAAAAAAUGAAUUUGCGUCCUUUCAAACGUUUAUUUGGCCUAGCUCAAUUUGUCAAAUGUCGAGCGAUUUCUCCUGGAGUUGAAUUCUUAAGAAAUUUUAUCCAGCUUCAAACAGAGAGAGGAAAAUUCGUCUUCGUAUGUUCACGUCUUCCAUAAAUCGUCACAUUAGGAGGUUUCACGUCGUAGUCGUGCUGUGGACGUCAAAGAAAUGUACUAAAAAGCGUGAUACACGUGCAGAGCUGUUGUUUCGCUCUGAAAACCAACUGUAUUUUGACGUAGUUGUUGUCGUCGUUGUCGUGGUGGUUGCUUAAGCUCUCUAUUAAAAUCAGACGCCCAACAAGUAUGCAUGUAAACGAUUGAAGGUUUAGGUAGGUUGAGUAUGAUCGUCCGGGUGAACGUGGUCCUGAUCAGGACUUUUGUUGUUGACAGUGACUGACGUUUCUACAACCUGUGCAGUAGUCAUCUUCAGAGUCUUAGUGAAUUGUAUCACUUCCGUUGAUGGUAUAAUCUAGAAUUUGGCAACUGAUUGUAUUUCUCAUUCGAGUAUUCAUUCUUAAAAGAUCGUGUUUGCAUAUGGAAUUAAGAGCUGUUUGUGAGCUCUAAUAGCUCUUUAAGUCUUUCAUUGUGUUAACACUGUUUGUUUGAUAUCUAUGUGAAGGCCCUUACUUACUACAAUAAGGCAUUAUCGUGGUAUGCAGACGAUGAAUCAGCAGUUCUUAACCGCGCUAUAACCAAGGUACAUCUAAUCGUGGUAUUCAGUGUGCAAAAAAGACUCCUAUGCAGACAUUCUGAGGGCUGGCUUUGUCACGCGUUCUGCUGUCACGGGACAUUGCGUGACAAAGCUCUCUCUGAGAUUAAUCUGAGAUUAUGUCCCCCCGAGGGGUGCUCUAAGAAUUUUUGGUCGGGAUGUGUUGCUUGAACUCUAAAACACUUAGCCUAUACCAGACAAUGUUCAGCUGCAAUUUUUGCUACUACAUAGACUGGGCACCAAACACCUUACCCUGUUACAAAGUAACUAUGAAGCAGAAACUCCAAUUCUUCAUUCCCUAGAUUAGUUUCCUACAAGGAUGGCCCAUUCUAGUUCAAAGUCCUCUGAUUUCUAUACCCUAUUCUACAAUAAACUGCUUGAAUUAACCCUUUGUGUCCCAAGUGUGACCAAAAUCAAGUUUAUCCUUGCAAUAUCCACACUUUUUCAACAGUAAAGGAUAUGAGAAUAAACAAAAUAAUCUUCUAAGGGAAAUGCUUUAAUCUUUGUACAAAUUCUCUCAACCACCUCUUUAAGGAAAUUUGUGGAGAUCAGUCUGAAGAAUUUGUGAAUCUAUCUUUGGGCCUAAAGGGUUAAUAAAAUCCCUACUCUUGACUGCGGCACAUGUGGCCCAUAUAUGGCACUGCCUAUACCCCACCACCUCUUACCCCCAUUCCAGGUUAUGCCCCAAAAGAAAACUGUGCAAUGCACUAUUAGCUGCUGGCAGACAACUAUUGUCUAUUCUUAGAGCUUCGACACACUAGAAGAACGGGAUAGGACCCUACCUUUUUCUGUCCUGUACAGGUUAUGAUGAAAGAUACCAGAGGGGCUAUUCAAGAUUUUCAUCGUGCUGGUAAGUGUUCUGUUUGAUCUUAAACAUUAACUUUUUCCUCCAUAUAUUAUUCUAUGUUCUCCAUGCUUCAUCAGCUACCCAUCCCCCCCCCCUUCCCCCCUUCCCCCAACCCACCCAACAACCUCACUUAUGACUCUCCUUUCCAUGAGCAAACUUCGACACAAUGUUUAGUCCAAAAUGAAGCCCUCUGGUCAAUAAACCAAAGCAUAACAGAAUAAUAAAUGAAAUGAAUUUAUCCAGUGACUGGCACUCUAGUUGCUCUGACUAUUGACGUACUUGGACGUAGCGUCCGGUCGAGGCAAAGUUCACUGAUAUCCCGGUUAAGCCUUUCAGCUGCUCAAGAAUACAUCAUAACAGGGAGUAUCAAAUGUGGGGAGGGAGGAAAUAUGACUCCCCUAUAAACGCUCGCAUGGACAGCCCACACAUAGUUUAUUUUAAAAUUCACAUCAAAUACACACAGCCAGCUCUCCGUAAGACGGAUAGCGCUAGGACCGGCAGCAAAUGUUUACCUUGGACGAAUGUCCACCUAGAACAGUGAAAGCAAAUGUCUGUUGAACGACAGGGGGCAAACUGGGGGAGUUCGUUUUAAUUCUUAUAAAGGCUGUUGNCCUAUAAACGCUCGCAUGGACAGCCCACACAUAGUUUAUUUUAAAAUUCACAUCAAAUACACACAGCCAGCUCUCCGUAAGACGGAUAGCGCUAGGACCGGCAGCAAAUGUUUACCUUGGACGAAUGUCCACCUAGAACAGUGAAAGCAAAUGUCUGUUGAACGACAGGGGGCAAACUGGGGGAGUUCGUUUUAAUUCUUAUAAAGGCUGUUGUUGUUGUUGUUGUUGUUGUUUUACACGACGUUCUUUACUUUUUACCUUUUACUUUUCUUUUUUUCACCAGUGGAGUUGAAUCCGUACGCAGCUCAUGUAUACUUUAACCGUGCCAACCUGUACGCAUCCCUUAGGAAAUACAAAGAGUCCGAGGAAGAUUACACCAGAGGUAAUAUGAAUACCGAGUACCAUGACUAUGCACCAGAGUGUUAUUCUUGUCAUAAGAGACCUUUUUUCGCAUUCCUGUGAAGAAGGCACCAACUCGAAGCUUGGGGUAACAAAAUACACAGUAAUAGAUAUUUGAAUUUCCAGUUGCCAUAAUGCUUUUUUGCCCCUCCCCCUCCCCCUCCCCCCAUCCCGACCAAAAAAAAAUCAUAAACUAUUAUUUUCAAAUGCUCCAACUGCAUAUUCCUAAGCGCAUUUGAAAACAGUAGUCUUUGCAAAACUGGGGGUUUAUAGGGUCGAAAGAGUGUAUUGUAGCCUCCCAAGCAGGCGUUUUAAGGGGAGUCGUAUUUCCUUCCUUACCACAGGAGGGAGGAAAAUAACGCCUACGUAGGAGGCUAAGUGGGUAUUUGAAAAGAGUCACUGAAAUUGUCAAUCAAGCCUCGGCCUCCGGGGGUGCACUUCAUUAUGUGCCGCUGGAUGGGGUCGCAUUUUCACGACUGGAUUGACUAUAUUGGGGUUGCAUUUUCUGAUUUUUUUGGGUAAGACAGUUCUUCAUAUUUACCGUUAGCAAACGUACCAGGAUGUUUGCACUGUAGGUGAAAAUUUAAGUGAUCUUCAUUCAAUUCAAAAAUGGGUCAAUUCAUUUUAGGAUGACAUACCGUAUUUAUUCGAUUAACCGCUCUGGGCGCUUAUUAAAUUUUUGGACCUUGAGAGUGGGCGCUUAUUCGAGGUGGGCGCUUAUUCGAGGCUGGGCGCUUAUUAAAUUUUCACCAUUUUAAGCAAGUGAAGUAUGUUUAUUUUGCAACAAAACAAUAAAUGCUAAUAACAAAACGCGAAGGUUUCUGUAAUAUACUCUGAAGAAAACUCCUUCCUCGGGGAAGUCUCUUAUUAGAAUUUAUUCACUCAAGUGGGUGGGGUGGGGGUGAGCGCUUAUUUGAGUUUGAUUGGGAGGACGAGGGGUAAGCGCUUAUUAACUUUUUCGGCCUUUUAGAUGGGCGCUUAUUCGAGGUGGGCGCUUAUUCGAAUAAAUACGGUAUUUAAAGAAUUGACAAGGUAGAUACAUGAAUGUUGGGAUCGAGAAAAUUACAUUAUUUAACCAAAAGUCACUAAGAUGGGGUCUAUAAUUGGCCACAGAAAAGACCGUAAUGAAGUAGGGCCUCUGAGAGGCCAGCGGCACAUACCUAGCAAAACUUAACCUAAGUACCCCCGCCCCCCCCCCCCCCCCCCGGGCCUCAGCCUCGUUGUAUUGCUAGUGCCCAGUCUUCCCUUGAGUGGGACGCGGCAAAGGUCUAUUGUGAUUUGGACUAUUGUAAUGUAACAAACUCUCAUUUUUUCAAGUCGGGCCUAAACUUUUUCUACACGUCUGCUUGUUGACGUCUUGGGCCCCGUUUCUGAAAAUUCCCGUCAAAGAUAUAUAUUUUUAUUAUUCUUUAGCACUGAGUUUGAAACCUGGAGAUGCUCUUGUUUAUAAGCGACGGGCCGAUGUUCUUGGUAGACAAGGCAAGAAAACAGCGGCUAUUGAGGAUUACAAAAAAGCGAUAAUAAUCCAGACCAGAAGACACUAGGAGUUGAAGAGAUCAGUCUAAGGUCCUAACAAUUCAUUUUUAUUGACUUUCGUCAACAAGAACAGUUCUCGAAGAAUACCGUGAAAUUCCGAAAAUAAGCCCUGGGGCUUAUAUUUUUCAAAGGCCGUUUUUGAGGGGCUUGUUUUUGGAGGGGCUUAUAUUCGCAGGGGCUUAUCUAUGGAGGGAAAUUUGCGUUUCAAAAUCGAUUGGGCUAACCUUACAGUUGGAAGGAAAUUUACUGUUUUUGCUUUGUUUUACUUCGUAUUUGAGGGCGAUUUUCAGGUACAAGUCCCUGGGGAGCUUAUAUUUGGAGGGGCGAUUUAACGGAGGGUUUUUAGCGUUACGAGUCUUGGGGGCUUACAUUUGGAGGGGCUUAUUUUCGGAAUUUUACGGUAACCAAAAAAGAAAAACCUCAAAUGGUAAUCAGUCUAAAACACAAGAAAUCUGAAUAGUGCCACAUAAAUUAUUAGAGGUUUGAUGCGAAGGUCACUUGACGGUUUCACUUGUACGCACAAACGUUAAAGUUAGAAUGGAAAUACAUUGUAAUAUAUGUCAACCAAACCGGCAACCUUUUGACAGAGGGAAUGUGGGAUGGGCAACAAAUGCUCGAGUUGGGGUCUAGCAGCAUAUUUUGCCUUCCUCCCAACAAACACUUCCUUUGGGCUUGAGAGUAGGCAAUACGAUUAUGUUUUGAAUCUCUAUCCCAGACUUUCCAGUAAUGUCAAUAUUGGCUUAAAGCAACUGUUUAAGUUUCCUGAAGUUCUUAUCGAGGUACAAGGUUAACAUCAUUACAUGUAAAUAGCGUAACCUCGUUACCAGGCGUCCUGUCGUGUAUUUGAACCAAAGACCUUAAAAACGAGGUUGGUGAGUUUAUAGUGAGAUAACAUUUUACUCUUUUUUGUAUAAUGUGUGAAUAC